GGGGAAUCCAGUAUCUAACAGCUCUCCAAGCCUCACACCACCAUUAGCACUGUCCUUACACAACUGCAGUGACUCCUGCUAUGGGGACAGCUCCUGCACCAUGGAUCAUUCUGACAGCAGUAUUCUUAUGGAUGGCUGUACCUGUAGAAAGCAAGGUAAUUGUGACCAUCUAUUCAGUUUUUUUUUACCCACAGUAAUAGUUUCCUUUAAUGAUUUAUAAUCACCAGACUUGUACAGAAAGGCUAUGCAUCUAAAGAUGUUUAAAAAGUCGCUGGUGUUUCUACCAUGUGUAUAAUUCCCAUUAAAAAAAAAUUAAAAUUUUAUAUAUAUAUAGUUUUAAGGUGACGUGCUUUCUUGGAGCAAUCUGAUCAUAAAUCAAAGUUUUAUCAUAGAAAGUAAAUGCACAGGUGAAAUAAACUGGCUGCAAAUGUAAGCCUCAUUGAAUGCAGGUUGCCAAGACCUGACUAUUUAACCCCUUGAAUCCAAGGGGGUGAGCCCCACCCCCUGGCACCCAGAAGGUUAACCCAAUAACAAACAGAGCCUCUCCCUGAUUAUCUGAAAUCCUUGGGUGUGUUUUCAUUCUCUUGUUACUGGCUAUUCUGUUCUAGUAGAUCCCAGGUGUUCAGAAUAUCGCUAGCUUGAAUUAACUUCAAACAGAAUGAAUUGUUUCCUUUAACAAUAGGAUGCAAUGAGCUGGCUUGCUUGGUCUUGUGUCUGCACAUUUAUAGGGCAUGUUCUGAUAGUUAGAUGUUAGUCAGUUCCUAAUUAGAGUCCCUUAAAGCUGGUAUACUGUGCCUUGUACAACAUUGUAUUGGCUAUGUGUUUUCCUCCACUGGCUGGAAUGAUGAGAGUUGUAGUCCAACAAGAAAUGGACAGCUGCCUUUUAUCACUACCUUUUUUUUAUUUUGUUUUUUCCUCUUCAAUAAAUUUUUGGUUUUAUCCAUUUCUUGCUAAACAAACAUGAUUAACAAUAUGGAAAUUAUUUGUUUGCUUUACAAGAAUUUUGUGUGUGUGUGUGUGUGUGUGUGUGUGUGUGUGUGUGUGUGUGUGUGUGUAUAUAUAUAUAUAUAUAUAUAUAUAUAUAUAUUUUAUUUUUGAGAAACUCCAAUAAUCUGUUACACAUGUGCUAUGGAUAAAAUCAAAAUGUACUUGUCUAUGCAAGACUUCACAUAUGGAAUUAAAUUUUUUCACUUGUGUACUACAUUUUCUUAUUCCUUAUAAGUUAAUGGGCCAGCGGAAAUUUCCAGCCUUGUGUCUACAUUACACGCAUACUUUCUGAUCGUAUGUGUACAUGCAGCGAGAAGCCAUGCUUUGGAACCAAAGAGAAGCCUUCCAGCCUGCUUACCAGUGACUGCUGCUCUUAACCAAUUUCACGCCUACCUUAGCCAGUGAGGUGCACCCCCCUUUGGAAUGCAGUCCAGUUAUUUGAGGACACAGGGCUGCAUUGAUUCUGCAGUUUUGUUUCUGCUCAAUCUAAUUAAAAGUGCAUUGCUUGGCUGGAGAGUGGAGGUAGCCGAAAGAAAAUAUAUAUAAUUGCUCCCCAGUGAAAACUGUAAAUUCAGCAUUGUACCAUUCUUUAUAAUUAGGGUGUAGUUUCAUUUUAUGUUUGUGUGGGAUUUAUUUAUUUUUAACUUUGCCUUUGUCCUUCUUUUGGGGAUCAAUGAUGAUCUCCUUAUAUAUUAUUUUUCUUGAUCAUUAUUAUAUAAAUUGUAAUCCUUUGUAGUAUUGGGCAUGAUUGAUCAUUUAAGUAUUACUGAUGUUAUUGUCCCGUUCAAAAAAAAAAAUGAUGGGAGUUUGUUGUAGGUUUCAAAGUAACUUCUGUGUGCCUUGUCCAUGUGUAAAAAUGUUCCUGUAUAGUUAUAACAGAAUUUACAAAACUUUAUUUAUUUUUAAAUAACAAGCCGAGAACAGCAUGAAUCUUAAAGUGGCACUGUCACUAUUUGUGGACAUUACAGAAUUCGCAAAGACCCCCGGCAGUGAUAUUGCUUUUGGGAGGCGUGCAGGUAAGGGUGAGUUCGGCUUAUCUAAAACUGCCCCUUGAGGGUGUGGAAAUAAUGUUCUAGCGGGUCCCCUUCAGCUGACAUCACUACUGUACUCUGACAUGUAAAUCAUACAGGCACAGAGGUGUUUUUUUUUGUUUGGCUCUAUAGAGCGCACCUGACUUUACCUCUGCUGGCUGUGCAUGCAUUUUGGCUUUGAUGUCUCAAUGAGCUGUAGUCUUAUAAUGAAAAGUUUGCUCGCUUGCGUUUUGACUACAGAGGCUUCUCAAUGAAAAGCAUCUGGUCAAUCCACUGGCACAGACAGGGAAAAAAUAGGAGGGCUUGCAACAGCUGCUGUUAAGCGCUUCACUCCUCUCCCCCCCAAAAAAAAAAACCAAAACAAAACAAAACAAAAACAAAACAACCAACCAAGCAAAAGAAAAUACAUGCAUGCUUUAUUUGUGGACUUAUAUAUCUAAUUCCUCCCCACUCCCCUCCAGUGGAGUGUUCCUUUUUAAAAUUAAAAUAAAUAUAUAUGUAAUAAAAGCUUAUAGAGCAAAAUUUGAGUUGGGGCAUAUCGGCUUAAUUGUGAGCUGCCACUGGCUACUCAGUUACUCAAACUAGCAACUGGGUAAGCUAUUGCAGCAUUGGAAUGGGGCCACUAAACUAUUGUGGUGGAGACAUGGCACUGCCCCCCAUCCAGUGGGCAUCAUAUUGAGGUUGUACUUACUCUAUAAUAAUAUGUGGCGGAACUGAGGUGGGGGCAGAUUGGAUUUUUGCCAAGGGUGAUACAAAUCCUUACAGUGGGCCUGGGUCAGACCGUGAGCAGGUUCACUACAGGAAGUAACAAAAUAUAAUCAAAAUAUUAUCAGUCUUUCUACUACAAUUAGGGAUAGUUUCAUAUCACUACCACAUAAAAUAACAGAAAAAAAGUAUAUUCAUCUAAACCUGCACAAAGAUGCAGGUUGAAACAGAUCAAAACAGUCUGUCUGGUCCAUACCUUGUAGACAUCUCUCAAAUAGUCUUUCUAGUUCUACAGGCACCAUAUCUCUAGGCCAGUGGUUCCCAACCCAGUCCUCAAGUACCCACUAACCGUGCAGGUGUUAGGGAUUAUCCAGUUGAGUGUUUUUUAGAAUUCUUUUAUUUUUUAUUACAGGGUAAUGGACUGGUAGGAGGUACCUGAAGACUGGUUUAGGAACCCCUGCUCUAGGCAACAAGGAUUUUACCAUAGUCUCUCCUCAUAAACUGCUCCUGAGUCUGUUGCUGUCUUCAAAUAGUGCUGGUCCACAAGGCAAAGUGAUGAUCAUACUGUAUGUCACUAUACACUGCAUGAGGGAGCAGAGCAAAAAAAAAGCUCAAAGCUUACAUGAUCCACUCCAUCUCUCCCAAAAGUAGGGAGGCUGGGUGGACUUAAAGGACCACUCUAGGCACCCAGACCACUUCAGCUUAAUGAAGUGGUCUGGGUGCCAGGUCCUUCUAGGGUUAACCCAUUGUUUUAUAAACAUAGCAGUUUCAGAGAAACUGCUAUGUUUAUCAAUGGGUUAAGCCUUCCCAAAGCCUCUAGUGGCUGUCUCAUUGACAGCCGCUAGAGGCGCUUGCUUUUGAGCACGAAGCGCCCAUAGGAAAGCAUUGAUAAUGCUUUCCUAUGACUGGCUGAAUGGCGCGCAGCUCUUGCCGCUGCGCGCAUUCAGCCCGGCGGUCGGAGGAGGAGAGAGGAGGCAGAGAGCUCCCCACCCAGCGCUGGAAAAGGUAAGUUUUUUUUUUCCCUUUCCCCCUUCCAGAGCUGGGCGGGAGGGGGUCCCUGAGGGUGGGGGCACCCUCAUGGCACUAUAGUGCCAGGAAAACGAGUAUGUUUUCCUGGCACUAUAGUGGUCCUUUAAAGUAAAGUAAAAAUAAAUAAUUUUUGUGAGCGUAUGAGAAAAUAUGUCCAUCUUUUCAGAAUGUGUGUUGGUUUAGGUGAUUUUAUCCCCCUAUCAGAUUGUAUGGAGAAGGUAUUUUUACUCCCCUUUUUUUCCAUGUUGUGGCGGUCUUGCUGUAGCUAGCCCUGCCUCCAUGGCUGAGAUAAUUAAUCUUGAUGAUCUCAGUUAAGCCAAUGCAUUCCCAUAGGAAAGCACUAGGAGGCUAUUGCGCAUGCACUAAUCCACAUCUCCUUGUAGAGAUACAUUAAAUCAAUGCAUAUCUAUGGGGAACGUUCACCGCCUCCAUGCAGAGCAUGAAUGUAGGUGCUGCACACUGUGCAUCAUUGGACUAGGAAUCACCACUAAUGGCCAUCUGAGUGACAGACACUAGGGGUGUUACUAGGCAACAAUGUAAACACUACCUUUUCUUUGAAAAGACAGUGUUUACAUUGAAAAGCCUGCAGGGACAGGCUCUAGACACAAUAAUCACUUCAUUAAAGGGACACUAGAUGAACCCAGGCCACUUCAGCUCAUUGAAGUGGUCUAGGUGCACUGUCCCCGUCCCGUUAGCACUGCAGUGUUGAACAUUGCAGGUUUUGAGAUGUCUGAUCAAACGUGUUGUUUAUGUUCUUUUAAUUAUUACUACUGCAGUUUCCUUUCCUUUGUAAUGCCCCUCUAUUGCUGCUCAGGGUCAAACUCUGAUUAAAUCCUGUGAGAAGUUUUUUGAAUCUUCCUCAUUAGCUGUCUGAGUGAUUUUACUUGUUAUUCCCAAUGUAUCCUUUUCAGGCAGUAAAUAUGCUGCUCUUAAAGACAUGUCUGCCUACUGGACAGAUCUCCACUUCCCAUGAUGCAGCCUCCAUUUUGGGUCCAUGCCUGCUGCAUUGUUUAAGCCAGUUGCUUAUGCAGCAAUGUGUAGAGACAGUAUCUGACAGCUCUUCCCAAACUCCAUGCUUCGAAUACAUCCUGCACAUUCUCCCCUGCAGUCUCUGAUAAGCCUUCCCUGUUUCCAUGCUUUGAGUUCAUCCCUCCCUCGCCUUAGCCAUUUCACUCUCAUCCAGGCAAGAGUUGAAAGCACAGUUCCUUAGUCUGAUAUCCUGCAUAUAUAAAUUGAACUAAACUGCUUUAGUAUUGACAUCAAAUAGUAAUGUCUUUAGCACUGCAGUUCUUGUGGACUACAUUUCCAAUGAGACUUAGGCAGCCAUUCAUCUGGCUAACAGUGUUAUUCACUAGAGUGAGGAUUACCAGGAAUUCAAAGUGAAUUUCAAAAUGUAUUAAAGUAGUGGGGUGACGACAAUUAUGUAAAUUGAGUCUUCUGUGGGUGUCAUUGUGGGUAUCUAAGUCACUGUGUGUGUGCAUAUGUGUAAAUAUGCAUAGAUCCCAGCAUUCAUAUUCAAACAUCAACACUACACACAAACACAUCCCUCCAAUCAAACACCAACACUUCAUGCAAUCAAAUACCAACACGAUAUGCAAACACACACUACAUACAAAAACACUGUGGCAAUCAAUCACCAACACUACAUGCAACCAAACCCCUGCAUUCGAACACACAAACUUUACACAUAUGCACCCCUUCAUUCAAACACGAACACUUUAUACAAACACACCCCUGCAUUCAGACGUACUUCCCAUAAGUAUGCCACUAUUUUCAAGUGGCAACAGUACAUACAAACACAACGGCAACCAAAUGCCAACACUACACACAAAUAGACCCCUACGUUCACAUACACCAUACACAAACAUGCUUACAUACAAAUACUGCCAAAUAAAACUUAUUCUAUGGGGGGGGGGGGGGUUGAUGUCUGCAUGAAGACAUCCAGCAUAACCAAAAACUACCAUAGAAAAACAUUAUACAAAUCCUAAUGCGAGUGCGUUAGCGGAGGAGGAGUGGAGACUGAAUGAGGGACUUUGGGAUGCUGAGGAACAUCGGUCCUGAAACCAGGUAAGUUAUAAAAGGAUUUUUAACCCUUCAGCACCACUAGGUGUGGCACGAGUGAGGGGGGCACUGUAUGAAGCUAUAGUGCUAGGAAAACAACUUUGAAAGCUUAAAGGGACUCUCUGUAGGCAACCACAGCUUAACAUAGUGGUUCCGGGGAAAAGAGACAGUCCCUGCAGUGUAAACACUGCCUUUUCUAAGAAAAGGCCAUGUUUGCAUUUCUGCCUAAGGCCACCUCAGUGGCUGUCACUCAGACACCCACUAGAUAGGCUUAUUUUGCUUUCCUGGAUUGCAGGACCAGCAUUCAGCGUCUUCAUAAGGUUCUGUCAUUUCCCCCUCCCUCCUAGUAAAUAAUUUAAUAAAGAUAAAAUCUUUAUGAAAUACUGAUAUUGAGUGUGUUGGAUAUUUACUGAAAUUCCAACACAUUUAAAAGAUAUACCAAGACAUAAUAGGGAUGUCUCUGUAUUAGCAUGUUUCCUACUCUUGACAAAGGCAGAGCUACCACCAUCAAGUUUUCUCAUUUCUCUCCGCCAGCACUGUUGACUGAUGUAGGGGAAAAAGGCAUUGUCCACUGGAGGAUCCUGUGGUCAUGAGAGUACAACACUGAUGUGGGGUCCUAGUUGAUGAAGCACCAGGAGCUGAAGAGGAUUGUCAGGAAGACUGUGGCAGCAGCUGCAUUACAUUAUACUUUUUAAUAUAAACGUUUUUGCACAAACAUACCUUUUGCUGAAAGGUUGAAUUUUGUUAGCAUAAUGUUUUGUGAUUCUUACAUCCCUCCAAAACCGCAGCGAGUCUUUUACUGAGGUAUACUGUCUGCAUUUUUUUGAAGUCACAGAGGCAAACUUGGAAAGAGUCUAUUUAAAUGUUCAAAUAAAGAUUGUGAGUUUGCUUUGCUUGUGUGUAUGUCAUUAGGAACAGUUUAGUACCCCCAGCAGUUGACAUAAGUAAACAAGUUAAAUAAGUACAUAUUUGAGAGUAGACCAUGAAGUUUCCACCAAUUUUUGGCAAAGUUGUUGCACUUUUUUUCUCUUCUUUCAUCCCCUAUAUUUAAUUGUAUGUCUGGAUUUUGUUCAUAUGUUUUAUGCGGAAAUUACCUUUCAUAAUCAUGACUGCUGACCCUCUCCCUUUUUCCUUCCGUUACCCUCUUCCCCCCCCCCCCAAUAACUCACAGACAACCAAAUUGUGGGUAAGGGCAACUGCCACAGAUUGUAUUAGCAAGCCAGCAUAACAUAAACAACUGUCAGCUGCUGAACUUUUCCAGCAGACAGCUAAACAUAACUUUAUUCUUCCUGAGCCUCUUCAGCCUUAAGUCCGUCCUCAACCAGACCAAGCUGCAACUCCCCAAGCCCGUCCGGGCAAUGAUCUCAGUUCCACUUGCUGGUGAAGGACAAAUCGCCACGGCAGCCUCUCACCUAUCCUCGCAGAGGACUGUGUCGCCCUGAAGCCAUGCCUGUUCAAUGGCCGACUGUAAUCCCAAAUUGAAAAUAUCCAACCCAAUUUCAUUCAGGUGGACCCCAUCUGUCCUCAUUAGGUUUAAGUUGUUCCCUUCCAGCUCCACAUGACGAGCCACAAUGCCACCCAACCUCCACACAAAACAUGAAAUAGUCAUGUUGAACCGCCAUCUGCUGUGCUCCACUGCCUUGGCAUGUGGCAGCGCCCCCCAAGCCAGACGCGGAAUGACUUCGGACCACACCAGUGUGAUAUCACUGAACAGCCAAAUCGUGCUUGCACGCAUAAGUUAUAUAUACCGCACGGCUCCGUCCCAAGUAAUUCCCCCCCGGCAUGAAUUCAUAGAACCACUGGCCCGGUCAUGAAGCGACAGAGCGACGUACUCCGGAUACAGUUGGUGCCAACCCAAACCCCGGAUCUCCCGCCAUCGUACCCUAACCUGCUCGUGCGGGAGCAAUAGUUUCCGGCCAUACAGUCUCUGCUCUGCACACCUAGCCGCCCAAUAAAUAAAGGAGUGACCGAUGAUCCAAACAUACCGGGGAAACCGGAGAGAAGACAACACAGCAUAAUGCACCAAAGCUCUACAACAGGUGGGGAUGAAUGUACAACUGAAAUCUGCGGGUAUCCCACUGACCCAUUCGCUGAAUUGCAGCAUCAGACAGCCCUUCUUGAGGCGCCUGCAUUGCUGCACCAAUCCAAAAAGGAGUGGGGAGAGUUACCUUGAUCCGCUACUCCCAACGCCCGCAACUCUGCCUUAAAAACACUGGAGAACUGAGUCAGAGUUAAGACUGACCCAUUUGCAUGAAGCAAAAAGGACUCUGCCGCCUCCGGCCAUGACCACAAAUAUUGCCCUAUCUGCGCCACUGGACAUCACCUUCCCUUAGUAGCACCAAUGCUAACCAUUCUCAUCCUAGCUGGUCUGUUUUGGACCUCAGAAUGAACAACUCCACCCUGUUCAGCGCAAACAUCCUCCCUCCGGGGAGAUGCCCAGGCCCUAUCUGACGUGGCCACCAACUCUCCUAUACACAGCGCGGCAUAAAAACAGAGAAAAGGCUACCCGAAACAGCAGCGCCUUGAAGGCGGAGAAGCACACAGACGAGAGAACACCACACAGUGCAUCCAACAGGUGGACGGACACUGGCUGCCUACAAUCAAAAACUCUCUUCCUUCCUCCACCCCUGAAGCACCCUCUGGACCACAAACUCUUUGGAAACUUCCUCCCACCCCAUACAACGCAUCAGAAAGGAAAGAGACACUAAACUGCGUUCCACCGGCGCCAUGGACGAUGCACGCUCCGUAAGGUUGACCGGUAAGCCAAUGUAGACUGCAACCUACCCUCAGCGGAAUACAAACCGAACUCUCCCGCAUAGUCCAGCCACCGCUCCCACACUGCCCGAUAGGCUGUCCACGAAACAGGAGCCAGCGAUCUCCUAAACAGGUCUGCUAGGUUCCGAAAUCAAGGGUGGGACAUACCAGACCAUCGGCCUCGGCUCCUGGAGCGACUUCCCGAAAACGAUCCCACUGAAAGCGAGAAAGAGAAUCGGCAAUAACAUUAGACACCCCGGGAACAUGCAUUGGCCGAAACCAAAUGUUAAACUCCAGACAACGCGGCACCAACCAACGCAACAGAGCCAAAGCUGGAACCAAACCCGACGAUAAUCAAUUCACCACAUGGACUACACUCAUGUUAUCUGUGCGGAAAACCACCUGCCUAUUUGCGAGCUCCUCUCCCCACAAUUCCACCGCUACCACAAUAGGGAAAAGCUCAAGAAAAGUCAGGUUCCGUAUCAGCUCCGCCUGCUGCUGGCCAAGGCUCUGCACCGAAGCCUAUGGAGCCAGAGGCAUCCGUAAACAACUCAAGGGCCACAUUUGAUAUUGCUUCCUGUCGCCAAAACGUCCACCCAUUGUACCCCGCUAGGAACUUGCUCCAAACCCUCAAAUCAUCCUUAAGCCGCUUGAUAACCCGAAUAAAGUGAUGGGGAAGACUAAUGCCGACAGUAGCAAGAGACCUAUGCGUACAAAACACCCGACCCAUAGGCAUGAUCCAACAAGCAGAGUUUAGAUGGUCCAACAGGACUGCACUUUCCAUGCACCCCUCACCUGAUCGACCAUGGUGGUAAGGAUUCCCAAUUUGUCCACCGGCAAAUGAAAAACAAAGAUGGAGUCAAUCUUAAUACCCAGGAAGGAAAUAACCGCCUUCGUCUUGUCCUCCGCCACUGGAAUCCCCAAAUCUAGCAUAAGUGCCCUAAAUUGUCCCAACAAAUCCUCACACCGCGAAGAAUGCGCAGGACCGAUGAACAAGAAGUCGUCAAGAUAGUGCAGGAGGGAAGAGAAGCCCGACACCUGCGCCAUGAUCCAUUCCAACAAAGAACUAAAAACUUCAAAAUAAAAACAAGAAAUCAAGCAACCCAUGGGAAGGCACAUGUCAUAGAAAAAAAAUCCACCUGAAACUGACACCCAAACAAAUGAAAACAGGGUAAACUGGCAGCAACCGAAAAGCUGACUGUCAGACUUAGCCAUCCGGGCCCUGCUUCCCAAACGAAGUGUAUUGGACCCGACUAUCCUCCUUCGCUAUCCCAUCGUUAACCGAGGACCCCGAUGGAAAGGUCUAGUGAUGAAUAAGGAACCAGGCCCAAUGGGGACACCAGCAAAUUAUCGAAUGGAAAACGGACUAGCCAUCUGUCCCAUCACCACUUCUUUUCUCAGCUUAGCUGCCAACACCGCUUCCUUACCCUGGAUGGAGGACAAAUUGUGCGCAAACUAUGCCUCCCCCAAUAGAGUAAAUGGGAUCUGCAGUGGCUCUCGUUGAAGAGCCAACAGGUGCCCUUCUUGUGCCCUGCGGGCGGCCGAAGGAAAGGACGAUGUCGAUGGACGACAGGGAGUCAUUAGAAGCAACCAAAGGUUGCCAUCCUGCAUUCCAAAAUCCAGUUUCGGUCGUACCACCACUUUCUGCCUAAACUGCUGGUCAUACUUAAACCAGCACUAUCCCCCGUACACCUUAUAAGGCCUCCAAUUUAAAUCCAAAUACGUAAACAAUGAUGGGGCGUGCUCCGGAAACCUCGCUGACAUAAUGCUGGCAUAGGUUGCAAGUCCUUGCAACCAAUUCCCGAAGGUACAGGGAGCUGCUUACCUUUUUCACUCUCUGUCUCCUCGCUGCGUUGCGGUUUAUCCGCCGAUUUCCCUAUCAAAUGGGACCUAAGAGAUGAAGUCCUCAUACUCGCCCUUAAAGGGACACUCCAGGCACCCAGACAACUUCUGCCCAUUGGAGUGGUCUGGGUGGCAACUCCCACUACCCUUAACCCUGCAAGUGUAAUUAUUGCAGUUUUUUAUAAACUGCAAUAAUUACCUUGCAGGGUUAACUCCACCUCUAGUGGCUGUCUACAAGACAUCCACUAGAGGGCACUUCCUGGAUCAUAGCACAGAUUUGUGCUAGAGCGUCACUGGAUGUCCUCACGCUGUGUGAGGACCUCCAGCGUCGCUCAAUUCCCCAUAGGAAAGCAUUGAAAAGCGGUGUUCUACUCCAGAAUAUCCGCUUCCAUCCUCAUCCAGACUUCUGUGUUCUUCAGUGGCCUGUGACGUCUGCGUUCCCCGACACACAGGCGUCACGUAAGCACCACCAGUGUUCCGACGUGCAUCACACGCCCUCACUUCUGCCGAUGCUGGAAAAGAAGGGUGAGGACUGCAAGUCCUCACCACACCAGCGGCGCCAUCUUGGGACCCGCCAUCUUGACUCCUAGGCCCCCGACCGGGCUGUUUGACUCCUGCCACUCCGAUCACUGCUCCUCCUCAUACCGGUGCCAGGAUUCCGCCCCAGGGGGCCAGCCUCACUCGGCCCGGACUAUUCGCAGAUGUUGGCGCUGCCCUGGAUCUCCGAACUGGACCGCGGCCUGGAACGGCGGGCCCGACGUCCUCUAGUUUGCACCAGCCCUUCCUGAGAGUCCUGGACAUCGUGGACGCUGUACAGCAGCCUGCAUAGGACUCUGCGCCGUGGGUCCUCUCUGGAAGGCCUGCAAUAUAGUAAGCUGGGCCUCUCUGGACAGUUCAGGGGCUUGAGUCAUGAUUUUUGAAAAUAGUAAUUGCAGUUUUUCUUUACAGGACGACCAGAAACAGCACUGCCAGGUUCUGCCAGGUUCCCUCCUCGUGCUCUCCAGUGGUCUGGUAAGUCUUUUCCCAAUGUCCCCGGUCCAGGUGCAUCUCCAUCAUUCUAUCCCUUGUUGCCAUGCCAACCUGUCCGGGCAGCAGUCAUGCUCCCCCCUCCUUAUCCACUCCGGGGGUUGGCCUGGCAUUAUUAUUGGUAUUUAUAUAGCGCCAACUAAUUCUGCAGCGCUUUACAAUAUUAUGAAGGGGAUUUAAAAUAAAUGAGACAAUUACACAAUGACACAGGAACAAUAGGUAGAUGAGGGCCCUGCUCAAACGAGCUUACAGUCUAGACAUGUAAAAAUAGCGAUCACUGCAGACAGUUUGGUGCUCCAGAACAGCUAGCACAGGGAGACAAAACACCCAUGGUGUGUAAAUCUGUCUUUUUGGGGGUAGGUGAAAAUUACAUGUCUUGAAUACUUCAGUGAACUAAAAAAAAAAAACUAAUUGCAAUUUAGUAAUAGCCAUGGUGUGAUUACUGUUGAGUUGGAUAAUUUUUUUAAAAAUCUAUUAUUGUUGCCUAAAGUUUGCAAAUGAUCUUUUCUAUUUAAUAAAAUCCUGUGUUUUGUAAAUAAACCCAUCCACAUUCCGUGAGCACUUUAGUACAGCAGUUCCUGGGAAGGUGUCAAACAGCGCCAAUAAAAAGAAAAAACAUGAAGACCAUUAGCUUAGUGCUGGGAGUGCAGACUUUCAGCAGGAAUGCCAGUGCUUUCUUUAGUGAAUUGCUAAAAAGAUUUUCACAGCCAGGAAUCGGAUUGACUUUAGAGACCCCCUAUAGGUAAAACUGACCACCUACCUUGUUCUUUGCAAUUUGCUGCCAAUCCAAAGCCAUUGAGGUCUGAUUCUCAGGUUUAGUCCUGAUCUGAUCUGAAAACAAAGGAUCUAGGCACUUCAGCAGGACUUGCAGACUUUAAUCAGGAAAAAGGUACAAAGUGAUGACGUUUAAAACUGAGAUUUGAUAAAGACCACAUUUGUUAUUCAAAACGUCAUCACUGUAUUUCUGUACUAAUUAAAGUCUGAAAUGUCUACUGAAAUGCUUUAUAUAUAUAUAUAUAUAUUUGCAUUUGCAAGGGGUUUGGCCACCUCUGGUAUUUUUAUUUUUUUUGGCAGCAAGUGAUAUUAACUUUACGAAAGUGGCAGAGACUGCUAAAUAUUAUUCUAGGCAUAAGUAGUACUAUCGAUUAUAUCAUGUAGCAAUAAGUCAUUAUUUUACAGCAUUCUUGUAGUAGGAUGACCUAAAAUCGUAUAUACAUCACCUGCCCCUUCGGAGUUUGUCCGGGAGUCUUGCCAUCAAAGUGUUUUAAUUUGUAUGUAUUUAAACAAAGGAAAAAACAUAAAAUUAUUAACCAUUAUAACAUAUUAACUGUUCGGUCAGCGUUGAUUAUCUGGGUUAUAACUGAGCCUACACGUGAGCAAUAUCUGAAAAGCCGAGCCGCUAAUUUAAUUGGGUUCAACUCUUUUUUUUUUUUUUUGUUUAGUUUUUUUCUAACUUUGGGGGUAUAGUUAGGGUUAUAGAGAGUCGAAGUUCGUCAGUGUAGGGUUGAAACAGACUGUGAGAUGUAUAUCUCCAUGGAAUAUGUCCACACCGUUCAGAGUCAUCAAGUUGUCUGCAAGCAUUGGAGAGGGUAUGGGUACAGAGCAGGAUUACGAGAGCAGAUAGCUCCCCUCACCGUGUGGAUCACUCUCCUACAUCUCUAAUACUCCAUCGCUCCCACACUUCUUCAAAUGUUUUGUUGUGCCUCUAGUAUGAGCUGUUUCUGAUGCUUUUUUCUGAUGACAUAUUUUAUAAUAAUGAUUGCCAGAGAAAUUGUAGACUUUUUUUUAAAAAUUAAAUGUGAUUAAUCUGUGUUUUUUGUAUUCUAAAUCUAUUUUAAAGAAAUGCCCCAAAUACCAAUAAAUACAAAAUUACCACCAAUAAUUGGCAAAGUUGUUGCACUUUUUGUAAAAGUUUAUGGUGCCGGGAGUGCCCUAUGCCCAACCUCACUGUAAGGGGUCAAACCGCUUCUGCCUCUACUUCAAUUCAGACAGAAGCUCUUUUAAUAGAGCUAACCUGGCUACGAACAACCAGCUAACGCGCUCAGCCAAUGCUCUAGUUCAGCACUUCAGGGCUUGGCUCAGGAGAGUUAACACAAACUCCUGAGCAGGAGUUUCCAGUUCCCACUGAGCUGUAGAAGAGACUGAGAGCUUUGUUUGGCUGACCCCAAGAAGUCCCCAAGAAGUCAAACCAUUCUAAACUGUUCUAAAAUGAGAGCUGUAGUAGUUAUGGUGUUUGUAGUGUGUGUUAACUUAAAAUAAGGUAGUAGGACAAAACCCCUAAGAUAUUAACAGGUGAGGUUUCUGUUAAUUAACUAGUUUGUGGUUAAAUGUGUGAUCUGACCCACUGAAACAUUACAAGCAGCAAUUGUUAUUCAUCAUCACCUGCAUAUCUUAAGUUGGGUUUUGAAGGAUUCUUCUUGGGCAUAGAAACUAGAGAAAUCCUGUUUCCACAACUAUCCCCAACAGAGUUCCCAGCUUGACAUGAAACUGAGCACAGAUAGGCAUUGUUUUUCAAAAUUCAUACAGCAUUUCUGCAGAUACCCUUCGCAAUGAAUGUUGAUUUAAACACGGCUUUCUAAUAACCAAAGCAAGGCUGUUAACCAAAAGAAACAGUGACCAGAAACCAGUUUUAGAGGCCCCCUCUAGAUAUAGAUAUAUGGAGAUAUAUAUAUAUAUUCUCAUGACUGCUGACUCCUUCGAUCCCCAAAUCCCGUUACCCUUCCAUUCCCAAUAAGUAAUGCAACACCAUGUUAAGUGGGUAAGGGCAACGGCCACAGCUUUAUUUAAACCAGCAUAACCAAAUACUGUCACCUGCUGGUUUUACCCCGCAGACGGGUACACUUUAAACUUCUUCCAGAGCCUCUUCAGCCUGUCCUUCGUCAUCAACCAAAUUCAGGCUGCGACUCCCCAAGCCCGUCCGGGCAUUAUUCAUUUACCAAACUUGCUGGCGCAGGAAACCCGCCACCGCAGAUCCCAUCCCUACUAGAGGGAGGGGGAUGCGUCCCCCAAAGCCAGCGCUUGUGUCAUUAUUGGUUGUAACCCCAUUUUAAAUGUAUCCAAACCGACAUGAGUAAGAUGUACCAAAUCAGUAUAAAUAGAAUUAUGGUUAUCUACUUCUAGUUCAACAUGAGGAAUCCCCAAUCCACCCAAGCAUUGUAGGAAUCGUGAGAAUGUUGAAGCGACAUCCACUUCACUAUACCCCUUUUUGCAUUGCGCGCUCUUGACCCAGGUAAUUAACACCAGCGUGGUUCAGCAGAAUCAGCAGUAUAACUGGUUCCGUCACAUAUCGCCGAAGCGAUCUCUCCAGAUCAGGGGCGUACCUAGAGCAUUUGGCACCCGGGGCGGGUCCUAUUUUUGACCACCCCCCCUCAACUUUAAAUAUAAAAACAACCAACAUUUUUUUAAAUGUAUUUAGCACUAAGCAGUGUUUGUGUGUUUGAAUGUAUGCAUGUUUUUGUAUGGAGUAUAUGUGAGUGAAUGUAGCGGUGUGUUUGUAUGUAGUGUUGGCAUUUGAUUGCAAGCAUGCAUUUGUGUGUUGUGUGGUAUUUGAAUGCAGUGGUAUGGUUAUAUAUAAUGGUGGGGUUUGUAUGUAGUGUUGACGUUGAAAUGCAUGAGUGUAUUUGUGUGUAGUGUUGGCGAAAUUUUUAGAUGUCUGCACAUAUACACAUACACGAACAUACACACACAGAUACACAUUGACACACAUGCAGACAUCGUGGCGACUCUCUAGGAACAAUAUAUAUGGGGGGGCAAAUAACAUACCACAGUCAAAACAGGAGUGGGAGGGGGAGCAGUAAAACUUUUCACUAGGGGAUGGGGUAAUAUGCUGCUAUUGGCUGUCUGAUACCAGCAUGCUGUGUUCUGCAUGCUGGCAUCUGACUACACAUUUGCCUAUAAUUCAGGGAAUGAUCUACUAAACAGCUAAAGGAUUAAAAAAACGCCCUUUUCUUAUUUUCAGUUGUUUAGUAGAUAAAUCCCUUAUUAACCUUAUGUGGGAUUGCAAUAUUUUAAGGACAGGAAAUAAGGGAGCUAUCUACUAAACACAUACACAGAUACACAUAAUCACAGAUAUACACAAACACAAUCACUGACCCACACACAUACAAUCAGACACACAAUCACAUACACACACAACUACAUACAUACACACAUUUAAUAAUUAAGAGGUCCACCCAGCCUCCCUACCUUGCUCUAGAAGGGCUGGAGUGGAUCCUCAGUCCCUGGUGGUCAGUGGUUGCUGCUGUGAGCUCUCUGCUCUUUCUGCACAGGUCCAUCGCACGCCCUGUAAUGACGCCGAGGCCGCAAUGACAUCAUAUCCUGGCUGCCGGCUUACUGCAGGGCGAAGACCGUCAGACACAGUCAGAUGCACACAGUCCCACACACAGUCACUCACACACAGUUACAGGCAGACAGUCAAACACGCAGGCAAUCACACAGGCAGACAGUCACACAUACACAGAUUCACAGACAGUCACACACACAAUCAUCGGCAGACAGUCACACACACACAGUCACAGUCACUCACACACACACACACCCACAAUCACAGACAGACAGACAAUCACAGGCAGACAGUCACACACACACACACACACACACAAUCAGUUAGACAGUCACACAUACACAGAGACAGUCACUCACACACACCCACAAUCACAGGCAGACAGUUACAGACACACACACAGGCAGACAGUCGCGCGCACACACACACACAGUCACACAGACAGACAAUCACACACACAGUCACACAAACAAUCACAGGCAGACAAUCACACUCACAGGCAGUCACACACACACAUAAUCAGUGGCAGACAAUCACAAACACAGUCCCACAGACAAUCACACACACACACACACACACACACAAUCAGAGGCAGACAGUCACACACACACAGUCAGACAGUCACACACACACAUACACACACAGGCAGGCAAUCACACACACAGAGUCACACAGACAAUCACAGUCACACAAACAAUCACAGGCAGUCACACACACACACACACAGGCAGACAAUCACACACAGUCAAAGACCGUCACAAUCACACACACAGCACACACUCUCUCACUUGCAGUGAGCUUGGGCUGGAGGAGGAGUGGAUUCAUUCCUGCUGUGCUGUAGUUGGGAAAGCAGGGACUCCUUCCUGCUUCCCCUCUGUGUGCAGCAGUAUGAGGCUGCAUUUAGCUCCGCUCCCACAUCCGACUUGGCUCCGCCCCCAUGGCCGUUCUAGCUCCGCCCCCAACUCUCCGUUCAGCCAGGUCUCCUGCUCCCAGCCUCUGCGUGUGAGCUGUGUCGGCUGCCUGGCGCCCCUGCUGCUAUGGCACCCGGUGCAGCCACACAGCUCACUGAACACCAAGCCUGGCCAGCCCUGGUGGCACCCCCCUGCCUGAUGGCACCCUGGGCGGACCGCCCCCUCCUUAGUAAGCCACUGCUCCAGAUAAAAUUGCUCCCAGCGCAACCCCCUAAUCCCACAUCAUCUAACAUUGACCUGGUGAUGAGUAAUCCCAAGAUCCUAGUCAUACGACCAGGUCUACCUGACAAGCUGCCCAAUAAAUAAAAUAAUGCCCAAGCAUCCAAAUAUAUAGAGAAUAUCUAGCAAUAAAGAAAUCAACUGAACAUUAACCAUACCCAGGCACCUAUAAAAGCACAUUUUAAAGGCAGAACAUACAAUCGAAAACCUGCUCAUUCCCAGCAGUCUGACAGACCUAACCUGCUUGCCUGCAGAGUCAGACCGAUGCGGAAUGAAUGUGUUGAAUAACCACUAUCAUUUUUAUUUUAAAAAAAAUAAAAAUUUGGGGGAGUGGGUAAGUCCACUCCUAACGAGCGCAACACCAACAUAAACACUCUAGUGAAUGAAUAAUAACCCAUAUGCAUACACUGGAACGUAUCUCCAAAUUAUGGACGCUCCAAUCCGAAUCUCUCUACCACUAACCACUUGAUCAGUAUUAGAUCGCCAAAUUAGAAAUUUGUGAAACUAAAGAACCUUCUUCCUAAAAAGGGGUGACUGAGCUCUAGAACUCCACCAAUCUGCCAACGCAUAGAGUUGCAUAAAAACACACAGAAAAGGCUACCCAAAACAGAAUUGCCUCCAAUGGGAAAAUAUAAAUAGCAGGCAGGAUCCCUUCUGUGUCUCUCAGCAAGUGCACAAAUACAGGAUGCCUAACGACCGCCACCAGUUUACGUCUCCAACAGUGCGAUACCUGCUGAACCACAAAUGCUUUAGUCACAUCUUCCCCUCACAUGAAAUGCAUUAAGAUUGAAAGAGAUGUUCCACUGACACGAAUGUCCCUCGAUGCCGCAAGUCAGAAAGAAAGGCUAAGUGAAUAGCAACCUACUUUCUGAAGAAGACCAACCAAAUUGAUCAGACACCGUCAGGUAUGCUGCCCAAGACUUAGGAGACAAGGACCUCUCAAUCAAGUCAGUCAAGUUCCGAAACUGAGGUUCCAGAAGAAUUCAGGGCCCUCCACAAGCCUCUGCCUCUGGAGUCACCUCCUGAAAUUCUUACUACUGGAGAGAGUCGGCAAUACAUUAGACACACCUGGCACCUGCACCCAAACCAAAUAUUAAAUUCCAAGCAACGUAGAACCAACCGUCGCAAUAAGGCCCAACCCGGAAGAGAACCCAAAGAUAACUGGUUAACAACAUGAACCACACCAAGGUUAUCUGCAUGGAAAAGAAUCUGCUUCUUUGCCAAAGCUGAGACCCACAGCUUGACCGACACUACAAUCGGGAAUAGCACCAAAAAGGAAUCUGACCACGCCAACGGCCCACACAUAGCCCUCAGAAAAAAACACCAAAACCAACCGAGCCGCAGCCUCUGUGAACAGCACAAAGGCCAAGUUAGACACUGUUUUACUGCGCCAAAAUGUCUGACCAUUGUAACCCACGAGAAACAAAACGCCAAACUCCCAAAAGGCGAGUAAAGUUAAAAGGUAAUGAAUACCAACGACAGCCAAGGAAAGUCAGUGACUGAAAGCACGCCCCAUGGGCAUGAGUUACAGCCAGAAUUCAAAUGGCUCUGUAGGGAUUGCAGAAUUCAAAUAGCCCAAUAGGGAGCCCCCUAGAUACGACACUAGAUAUGACAACCUGAAGCUUAGUCUAAGGCAAGCGAAGGACUUUAUUAGCCAACUGUAUCUAAAUCCCCAGGAAGAAAAGUCGUACUAGUUGGAACCCCAAAAUCCGCCACAACCCUAUGAAAGUGGAACAACAAGUCCGUACAAACCUGAGAACCAGACUAGUGCAGAAAGAGGUGGACUAACCACUACACUGUGAGGAGUUAGUCAGACCGACAAACAAGAAGUCGUCGAGAUAGUGAAGGAAGAAGAACAGCCCAACACCCACGCCACGAUCCAUUCCAACAAGGAACUGAAAACUUCAAACUAAAAACAAAUCGAACAACCCAUGAGAAGGCACAUGUCGAAGAAAAAUCACCCUGAAACUGACACCCCAACAGAUGAAAACAAUCUGGGUUACCAGGCAGCAACCGAAAAGCCGACUGGAUAGCGGACGUCGCUAACAGGGCCCAGAGUCCUACUCCGCAAACCAAAUCCAAAGCCCGAUCGAAAGAAGCGUAUUGCACCCGGCAGUCCUCCUUUGAAAUCCCAUCGUGAACAGAGGACCCCGACAGGUAAGACAGGUUUCCGCCAUACGCCACAGCUCUACCUCCUUCCCUAGCUCCGCUGCAAGGACCCCCUCCUUACCCCGAACUGAGGACAGGUUAGGCGCAACGACGCCUCCCCUGAUUGAGUAAAUGGGAACGCCUGAGACAGAGUGAGAGCCACGGCACCUGUCUUUCCGCCCUCAAUGGGGUCCUCUCCCCGAGGAAUGUAAUCCCUGGACGCCGACCUCGGGAGGGGUUUUCACCUCUUAAAACAACGGACGGCUGAGUGAGCCCCACCACAGUAGGAGCACUCAUGCUUAAACUUACAACUCUUGUAGCCUCUGCACAACAGAUGCCCUUCUUGUGACCCGCCGACGCUCCUCUGGAAGUGCCGGCGGCCGACAGAAAGUAAGAUGCAGACUUAUUUAAACCAGCAUUGCCCCCAUGUACACCUUAUAAGCCCCAAAAUCAAGUCCAGAUGCAAAAAACAGUGACGGCGCCUUUUCCCGGAAACCUAGCUGAUAGGAUGCUAGCUUAGGUAGCAAAUCCCUGCAACCAAUUCCCAAAGGUAUGGGGGAGCUGCUUACCUUUUUGCCCCCUCCAAAGACACAUGUAACCCCAGGGGUGCAAUGUCACAGACAGUUCCCCCUGAAGUACUCACCUCACCUGUACCUGAAGGGGGAGGGAAACUAAAUUUAAUAAAGUAAUUUUUACAGAGACUACCAGAGGAAAGACACUGCCAGGCUCCCUCAGCAUUGCUCGCCAGUAGUCUGGUCAUUUGUCCCAGAAUUCCCUGCUUUCAACUGUAAAACAAACUGUAUCCUUUUGGUUGCUAUGCCAACCCCUCUUGGUUGCUACUUGUCCUUACCUUAUCUUAUCUUGUGCCACUUUACCCCUUCUUUACUGCUUCUAUAAUGUAAGCUUGUUUGAGCAGGGUCCUCAAAACCCUCUCUUCCUCUGCGUCCAACUCCUCUUGUUGAAAAUACAUGUCUGUUAGUCCACCUAUUUUAUAGCGCUACGGAAUUUUAGAGCUUUAUAAAUAAUUUGUAAUUGUGUGUAUGGGACUGGUUACACCCUCGGCACGCGUGACUUGGCAUCUUGGAACUCUGUUCCGCUCUGCCAAAUGUAAAUUCUUCUUUUAAGUCUGUCGUCAGCACACACUAAUGGAAGUUUGUGACUCCAAUCCCCCUUAACUGCACCCCUUCCUCCUACCUAUAUCCUUUACUAUUUUAUUUAUUUUUUUGUCUCUUGUCCUCCUUCUCUUCUUCUUCUUCACUCCCCCUUCUUUCGCUGGCCCAAAGUGCACACUCUUUGAGCUGGUUAAAUGGUCCAAUCAAAGGUUUCUUUAUGAGAAUCCUUUCAUUGGACCUUCACACGAGGAACAUUCCUACCGGCAGGAUUUAAGGUAAUUUAAAACUUUUUUGUUUCGUUUUUUAGGGAAGGGGAAACCUGAGUAAAUAAUGUCCAAUAGGGCAUUAUUCAAAAAAAGGGAAAAAACGAUUGGGGUAACCCUUUAAACAUUACUGAAACUAUCAAACAAAGUGCAAUUAUGAAAGAAUGUUGCAUAAUUAGUAAACUAUCUUCAAUCUCAGCUUCUUCAACCAACUAUUGAGGGGGGAGGCAGAUGCCUAGGGAAUCACACUAUGCUUUGGGAAAAUGUGGUUAGCAGAGCGUUCAGGCAAAAACACGGGAUAAAAUUUAGAUCCCUCUUUCUUUUUUAGAAAACAAGUGAGGAGUGUGCUCUAACCCCCUGGACAGCACUGGAAGAAUGUUACCUAAAUGAUUAUCUAAUUGUAUAUGGGAGUGUCAUGUAUUUAAACACAUUUGUCAUUGGUCUGUGACUUUGUGCUGCAGUCCCCCACAAGGUCCAGGGGGAGUGCCCCUUGCAUGGGGACAUGCAUAUAAGGCCAGUUGUGGCUGCCAUUAAAUCAUUCCAGCUUGCACUCCAAAACUGUGUGUCGUCCUGUUAUUGGAGGGAAAGAAGAUUUACUCCUGUGUCUGUUGUUCCAGCUUGCAGGGGAUUCAACGGGGAAAGUCCUUGUAAGGACUAAAGCUCCCAGGACUGAGUGGCGUCCACUGCCUGGGGGUGUCUAGAGCGAAUUCCCCAUUCGGCUCCAGGAAGGAGUGGUUUCAGGGCUCUAGUCAAGCCACGGCGACUGUGGGCAGAAGUGGUGCGGUUUGUCCCCUAUUCCAGCUAAGAAGCAGUCCUUGGCGGGGGUACCCACCCAGGGGUAUAGGGAGCUCCGUUACAUUGGUGGCAGGGGUGGGAUGGCUUCCUAGCCUUGGGAAAACCAGCACUACUGCAGUAUGGAAGGCCAGUACUGGCGGGCUUCAACGCUUCAGCACCGACUACAGGAUGUGCUGCGCAGUAUGGAGUACCCUAUCCCAGAGGAUAGAGAAACAGAGUGGAGGGUGGCGCUUUGUACCGAUCUCUGGAAGGAGGACCUCGACCAAAUUUGACCCUUCCGGAGUGAGAAAAUCCUAACCACCAACCAGCGCUAAGCGGAACAGCUAGAGCUGCGGAUGCCGUUCCUGGGAAACUAGACCUCAGAGGAAUGGGUAAGCGAACUGGAGAUGCUAGUUGAGACUGAGGUGUGGCUGGAUAAUUCUUACUGGGCCCUUCGGUGGCAUGCCUACUACCUCUAAACAUGGCUGAUCGAGUACAAGUGUAUUGAGGUGGGAGACUAUGAUGGCCCUGGUUUGUUGUGGGAUGCUUUUGAAACUAAUCUGAGGUUCUGAGAAACCGACAGUGCUCGCUUCUGGUUCAUCCAAGCUGAACCGGCAGACAACGGGGACCUUACUGGCUUAGCAGACCUACAGCCUGACCUGUUCUGUCUGGCCAACUGGGAGUGGGAGCUUGAGCAGAACUAUGUUUGCCUAUUUAGCCGUGUAACACCGCCUGUCUAUGACAUGAUGGGGCUUAUGAACUGUAUACCACCGGGAGCAUUUCCUCCCCUCCUCCCCAGCAACUGAGCCUGUCAUCAGGAGACCCGGGCACUGUACCACCUACUUCCCAACCAGCCCCAGAGAUAGAAACCUUAUUGACUGGUCCUGUGAAGACACCCAGUUGGCAGGUGGAGAUGGGACUGAGGUCUCUCCACCAGCCCUACAGGGGGACGCUACAGGGGGAAGAGACAACUGGUCUCGCUCUCCAACCCCAGCUGGAGACGGUUGGUUCUCCUCUGCUGUGCUGGUCAACCGGGGACCUCUUAUACUAGUCCUGUGAGGACAUCCAAUUGGCCAGGGCAGAUGGGACAGAGGUCUCUGCUCCAGCCCUACAGGGAUACUGGGCAACCGAUCCAGAUCCUCUACUGGGGAGUAGGGACAGUAAGUCCUACUCCCCGGCAGCAGCUUACCUUACAGGGAGAAGAGACGUUCGGUCUCUCUCCCCAGCGGCAGUGCAUCCUACAGGGAGAUGAGACAAUCGGUCUCAUUCCCCAGCAGCAGUGUGCAGUACAAGGAGCGGAGGGCGUCGUCCUUCCUCCCCAGCGGCAGUGUAUUAUUGGGAAAAGAGACGGUUGGCCUCUCUCCCCAGCGGCAGACAGAGUUACAGGGAGUGGAGACAGUCGGUCUCACUUCCCAGUGGCCGAAUAUGUUACAAGGAGUGGAGACAACGGGUGCUACUCCACAGCGGCAGGGUGUGUUCUAGGGAGAGGAGACAAUCGGUCCCUCUCCCCAGCGGCCGUAUGCAUCACAGGGAGAGGAGUGUAUCGUCCUCUCUCCCCAGUGGCAUGGUAUUAUAUAGGGAGUGGAGACAGUUGGUCUCACUCCCCAGCGACAGACAGAGGCACCAUGUGAGGGGACAGUUGGUUCUCCUCCCCAACCACAGGGAAAGAUACAGGAAGUGGAGACUGUCAGUCCCACCCCCCAGCAGCUGGGGCUGUCGACCACAGACAAGCCCCCUGGCAUGGAAGUUGCAGAUGGGACUGAGGUCUCUGCAAUAACCCUACAGGGAUGCUGGGCAACCCGCCCAGAUCCCCCAACUGCAGAAUCCCGGCCAAGAUGAGGAUGUCAGCGGCCACUCCCUUGACAUCUUCCCAGCAGAAGAGCUGGCAGCCGGGCAGAGGCCAACUUUCCCUUUAUCCAGAGUCUGAGGUUACACAGGCCAUCCCAGCUGUAACGUUGGCUACAGAGCAGAGCGCCGCUGGCCUCUGCCCCAGUGGCGGAUCCAGGGGGGGGGCAACGGGGCAAUUGCCCCCCCUCCUCCCAACCACCCUCCCCCCCCCUAGAAAUCCGCCGGUCUCCCUCUCCCCUGCCAGCAGCACAUGCAGGUGCCAGCCCCCUCCCCGGUCCGCAGGCACAUUGCUGACAGCCAGCGGGGGGAGGGAGUGGAGAGGACCCGGGAGCUCAGCCUGCAGCUCCUCCGGGUCCUCCUCUAGCGAGAUUUGGAGCGUUUCCGUGGUUACCACUGGGACCACCAGGGAUCGAAAUAUGUCCCCCUCCUCCUCAAUAAAGGUAAGAAGGGAGGGGGGACAUAGAAUAUUCUAUUUUAAUUAAAUAAAUACAUAUAUUAUAAAAACAAAAAAGCCCCCCCUACCCUUAUCACACACUCUAUACACACCCUGCCCCCCCAUACACACACAUACUGCCCCCAUACACACACACACACACACACACACACACACACACACACACACACUGCCCCCAUACACACACACUGCCCCCCAUACACACACACUGCCCCCAUACACACACAUACUGCCCCCAUCACACACUGCCCCAUACACAUACACACAUACUGCCCCCCAUACACAUACUGCCCCCCCAUACACAUACACACAUACUGCCCCGCAUACGCACACUGCCCCCCAUACACACACACACAUACGCCCCAUGCACAGAGGAGGGAUUAUCUAAUUGUAUAUGGGCAUGUCAUGUAUUUAAACACAUUUGUCAUUGGUCUGUGACUUUGUGCUGCAGUCCCCCACAAGAUCCGGGGGGGAGUGCCCCUUGUAUGGGGACAUGCAUAAAAGGCCAGUUAUGGCUGCCAUUAAAUCAUUCCAGCGCUAAUUCCCAGUUUGGCUCCAGGAAGGAGUGGUUCCAGGGCCCCAGUCAAGCCACGGUGACUAUGGGCAGGUUUGUCCCCUGUUCCAGCUAGGAUGCGGUCCUUUGGCGGAGGUACACGGUAGGAGUACAGGGAGCUCUGCUACAGUAAUGCUCAUUGCAUAGGUUAACUUUGAAUGAGUCAACAAAUAAUUUUGCUGAAUAAUAUAUGGUGCAGAGCGUUCCCCCAACACAGUACCUCUGCUCUGCACAGAGUAUAAAAUAUUAUUAUAUAUAAAAUAUAUAGCAGCAGUGUGCAGUACAAGGAGCGGACAGACUCACAGGCUCACGCACAGACACACGCUCACACACACUUUUUUUGUAUUAAUUGAAACCCACUCAGUCUUCUUACCUUUGGGAGAGCUGGGUGGGUCUUUCCCUGGGGUCCAGUGGGGCUGCUCUCUUCCUCUAGUAAUCUUCCUGCAGCUCCUCUCUGCUCCCUGCGCACUCUGUAGUGAUGCCGGGGCCAGAGUGAUGUCAUAUUCCAGCUGCCAGCAUCAUUAAACAGUGCGAGGGAGCAAAAAGGAACUGCAGUAAGAUUACUGCUUCCUCAUGCACCGCCUUCAAAGCUCCCUCGGUGGCCACAUUAAAGAGAUGGCGAAAUUUCUAGUCUCCAUGAGUAGGCUUUACAUUUUUUUUGCACAUUUUAAAUUUUUACAAGGCAUUACAAAAUUGAGGUCACAAAAUUGAGGUCACUUGCACGGGCGGACUGUACCCUUAAGAUUUACACAAUCCAUCUUUCUGUGAAUAUGCAUGUCAUUGAAUAGAAAUGUUAAUGCAUGAACCAUGGUGAGAAAACAUUUUGUAAUAUUCUGCUGCUUACACAUCUGUUUUUAAGAGAUUUGAUUGUGGGUGCAACUUUCUGUGCUGCGGUGGGGCAGUUUAAUAAAUGAGAUUUAAAAAAAUGAGUUACACUUUUUUUGAUCACCUGCUUUAUAUAACUAGUGUACAAUAUUACAUGACGUGUUGCUGGUUGCAAAUAGCUGUGAAUGGUGUUUUUAUUUGGUGGGUAUUAAAUGUACGAGUUGGAGAGUGUGCCAUCCCAGUCUCUUUGGCUUGUUGAUCCAAUGAUAAAAUCGUUGAGCUACAUGAGGUAAAGAAAGCGUUAGAGGUUAAAGUUCAGUGUACUUAAUUAGGUCUUGAAACAUUUUAGAUUUUGUAGAGGUUCCCACUGUUUAAAGGACCACUAUAGUGCCAGGAAAACAUACUCGUCUUCCUGGCACUAUAGUGCCCUGAGGGUGCCCCCACCCUCAGGGUCCCACUCCCAUGGCACUGAAGGUGGAGGAAGGGCUUAAUCCCUUACCUUUUUACUCUCCUCCCUCUUCUUCUGUCAUCGGCUGAAAGUGCAUGCGCGGCAAGAGCCGCGUGCGCAUUCAGCCAGUCCAUAGGAAAGCAUUCUCAAUGCUUUCCUAUGGACGCAAGCGUCUUCUCACUGUGAAAAUCGCAGUGAGAAGCGCGGAAGCGCCUCUAGCGGCUGUCAAUGAGACAGCCACUAGAGGCUGGAUUAACCCAUAUGUAAACAUAGCAGUUUCUCUGAAACUGAUAUGUUUAUAGAAAAAAGGGUUAAACCUGGACUCUAUCCACCUCAUUAAGCUGAAGUGGUCUGGGUGCCUAUAGUGGUCCUUUAACCCCUUGAGGACACAUGACAUGUGCGACAUGUCAUGAUUCCCUUUUAUUCCAGAAGUUUGGUCCUUAAGGGGUUAAGUGCAUUGUUUAUUUGGAAGAACAAUUAAUGUUUGCCUUGUUCAGAUGCAGCCUAGUAUAAAAAAAGGCAUUGUGUGUGUGUUUUUUUAUUUUUUUUAUUUGCUAAUUGCCUAAGCAUCAUGUCCAAGUUAAAAUGCUAGUUUUGCAGAUGAUUGGUGACCUCACUGUCCAUUGUAUCAUCUCCUUAAUAUUAAACUGGUUUUUUUUUUGUUUGUGUUUUACAGAGGGGUGUUUAUGAAUAUGUCAGCUUGACAUGGCAGAUAUAGAGUAAGAUAAUGUACUUUUUAAAAGGACACUAUAAGCACUAAAACAACUUUAGCUUAAUGAAGCAGUUUUGUUGUAGUCUCAAUUCUCUGUCAUUUAGGAGUUUAAUCAUGUUGCGUGUGCAGUCCUGAUCUCCCCUCUCCUGCAUGCAACUACUCACAGGGUAGUUGGCAGUAUCAAGUGAAAGAAUCAAACAAGCACUCCUUGCUACACCCAAGAAAUUUACACGAGUGGGAUGUGUAGUGACUGAGUGUGAUUGUGUGUUGGUUGUCUGAAUGUUAGUGUAUAUGGGGUUUUAUUAAUACAUGCAUGUGUGGAUAUACACAUGUAUACAUAUUACUAUAAAUCACAUGAAUUGAGCAAAACUUUUUUUUUUUUUUUUUAACAAACAUUUUUAAUCCUGUAAAGCACACAAACUCGUACACAUAAACAUUCUCUCUCACACAUUCAUACAGUCAUUUUAUUUAUUUUUUUGUUUUUUUUUUUCGGUCCACCCAGCCACCUCUUUCUGGGGUCUAGCGCGGGUGAGGCUGUUGUGAUCUUUGUUCUCUUACUGCAAUGCUUCGUUGCGUACACUUUAGUAAUGCUAAAUGCUAAAGUAAUGCUGGAUGUCACAUCCUGGCUCCCGGCAUCACAAUAUAUUUUGGCAGAGUAGGUAGCCAUCUGACUUUUUAGGUGUGUGAAGGUCCCCCACCAAGAGCCUUGGCCUUUCUGUGAGUGAUGUGUCUGUUAUUAUGUACCUGUGCAUGUGCCUGAGAAUCAUUCUGUAUGAAUGUGUGUGUCUGGGAGCGUAUGUGCGUACAGUGCAUAAGGUAGUUGCUUUUGUUUUGUGUAAAAGGGGCUGCUUGUGGUCUUUGUGUUGUGUUUAUGGUAAAGUGGUGUUUCAUGUGUGGGAAGUGGCUGUGUAUGAUGAUGACUAUUAAGUAACUGUGAUAGGGGAAGUAGGGGGGGGCAAGAUGAGAAGUGGUAAAUGUGUUAAAGGUUGCGUUUACCAGGGUAAGUGUUGCAGGGUGAGUGAGUGUUACAGGGUAAGUGUUGCAGGGUGAGUGCAUGUUGCAGGGUGAGUGAGUGUAACAUGGUUGGGGGUUGGGCAUGAUUGUGGCUGGGUGAAUGUAGGGGUGGCAAUGUGUGAUGGGUGAGGGGGGAGUGACCGUAUAUCCGUAGGAUAUUUAAAACCGUAAAGUAAUUCCUUUUGUUUAUUAUUUUUGAUUACAUUUGCUCCUGCUUACCGCCUGUGCAGGAAGGGGAGAAUGAUACAUCACCUGGUGGUCUGGUAGACUCCAUGGCUCGGUGGGCCCGUGUCUGAGCACGGACCUUGAGCAGUUGGUUUGGCCACAUAAUAGCCAGUGAUUUAACAUAUGAGGAAAAAAAUGUAAAACAAUGCAAUUGUAACAUCACUUGGAUUGCAUUUUAUACUUUUAUUGGGUGCUGAAAUAUGCUCCUGAUUCCAAUGAUCAAUAUGCUAGUUAUAGGAGUCCAAUGAAUAGAAAAUGUAAGGAAAAGUAAGCUAUACUUUAACCGCAUUGCAAAAUAGAAACACACCAGAGUAGUAAGUACUAUUAAACAAUGAGGCAUGACGAAGAACUAUCCCACCAAAAUGAGGACAAUUGGGAGACCUGUAAUUUUGUGACUUGAGAAAACGUAACCAGGACAACGACUCAAGUAGUUUGCCCUUCCGUAGAUCUAUGCUUAGGUCUCAUAUAUAGGUUUUAGCAAUGCCAUUAAAAAGAGAAAUUUGCCCAGUUGUGUCUGAGACUGAUCUCACCCACAAGGGCAGUCCAAAUUUGAAAUGCUGACCGGUUCCCUCAGCACAAGAGAUACAGCAAUCAUAAAUGAUCAUUUAGGUCUUCAUUGGGCCUCUUUACUGUGCAAGAGGUCCAUGUCAUGACUUCAUUGUAUGGAGGGUGGAGUUCUGUAAUCUCUAGAGAACAUAAUAUAGGUGCUUAAUACAAGUAAAUAAUGACCUCGAACGCAGCUACAACACUUAACUCCUGCAAAGAAAAGCAGAGUAAAUUGAUGUGAAAUAAACCACUACAAAAUACAGUGAAACGCUUAGUUGUAAAUGAAAGGCACUCACCCCUCAAAUAUCGGAAGAAAUAAUUCAGUAAACCCCCAAAAAAGAAGGAAAAAAAAUCUAGUGCAAUUCAAUAUAGUUAAAUAAUCCCAAUAUCUCAAAGUGCACACUAUUUACUCACAUUGGAUAGAGCCUGGAAAGACCAGCUUGAAUCUUAAAGGUUUAAAAAUAAUAUCAGGAAGUAUUACUUUACUGAGAGGGUAGUGGAUGCAUGGAAUAGCCUUCCAGCUGAAGUGGUAGAGGUUAACACAGUAAAGGAGUUUAAGUAUGCGUGGGAUAGGCAUAAGGCUAUCCUAACUAUAAGAUAAGGCCAGGGACUAAUGAAAGUAUUUAGAAAAUUGGGCAGACUAGAUGGGCCGAAUGGUUCUUAUCUGCCGUCACAUUCUAUGUUUCUAUGUUUCUGAUCAGGUUAUUGAGAGCCACAUCAAACUGUCUCUGAGUAAAAUGGCUUGCAGUGCCAGUAACACCUCCACAUGUCAGUAAGGCAGCAAACACAGGCAAUUGCUUUUAAUAUACAAGCAGGGUAUUCUAGGCUCUACCCAAUGUGAGUGAAUUGUGUGUACUUUGAGAUAUUGAUACACUUUAACCAUAUUACUUACUUGAUCCCAUUCUCGUUAAUAUUUUUAUUAGUGAUAUUGCAGAAGGUCUUGAUGGUAAGGUAUGUCUUUUUGCUGAUGAUACUAAGAUAUGUAACGGGGUUGAUGUUCCAGGAGGGAUUAUCCAAAUGGCAAAUGAUUUAGAAAAAAUGGCCAGAGCUAUGGCAGCUGCUAUUUAAUGUGGACAAGUGCAAGAUAAUGCAUCUAGGAUAUAAUUUUAUUAAAGGACACGGAGGCUCUUAUUAGGCUUAUCUCUUUCUUUUAUUCCUCAGCAGCAAAGAAAGGCUAAGGUGUUUAUUUGUAGAAAAAAGAAAAGAAACAUGUAUAACUACCCUCACAGGGUUAACAUUACAUCAUUAUCUCCUAUCCAAUAGGAGCAGUCCUUCUCUGAUAUCCUUUCCUGUAACCUCCUCCUCUUCCUCUUUCUUUGCUGCUGCCUCAGCUAAGUAACACUUUGUUUUUCUUAACUGUCAUUUUUCUUUGUAUUGUGUAUAUAUAUGUGUAUAGCUUUACCUUUAAUUUAUGCCUGUUUUUUUUGACCUGCUUUAAGCGCACCAAAACGCAUUGGGCGUUUGGUGUCAGCCCUCCCUGAGGCUAGCCCUCCGUGGGGAAGCCCUCUCCCGCAUUGUCCCGCCGAUACCCCGCGCCCCCCCCCCCCGCGGGCAUACCGGCCCUGAAAUUACCGCCGGGUUGUUUAUUACCCUCCUCGCCGGUCACGCAGCGCAGGGAACCCUCGAGGACCGGCCCGGUUCUUUCUCCCGGCUGAGGGUUCCCCCGCCGCGUCCUCUCUUUAGUGAAUGCUGCGCGCGCAUGCGCGGUCCUCACUGGCAUCCAUCUUAAAGGGGCGGCGAUAAUGAAAUUUUGCCGCUCUUUUUCUCCCCCAGCUCGGUCAGCCCAUUGCAGGGUGCGAGCUGAUUGGUCUGAUUAGUGUGCCUGUCAGCUUACCAGUGCUCCCAGGAGUCAUUCCUGAGGGAACACUCGGUAAGCUAACAGUGCAAUCUGUGCUUUUGCUGUCCUGCUGCCUUGUCUCCUGCCUUUUAGUAGCUCUCACUACUGCCACAUCAGGGUAUACAUAUCUAUAGUUCUGCCUUUUACGCCCCAAGAUGCAGACCCCUGAGGAUUUCUCUGCCCCUGGCCCCAGUGAUAGAGGGGAUACCAAGGCCCAGCACAGGCCCACUGUGGCUGAACCCAUAACCCUGCAAAGGGACGUAGUGGCCCCUCUGGAGCAUUUGGACUCUGAGGAGUUCCACUCGCUCCUGGACGCCACCAUGUUUAAAUCAGUUACCCAAGCUAUCUUUACUGCCAUGGGGGUUAUGUCAGAUAAUUUGUCACACUCCAUCUCGAGUGCCAUUAAGGUAUCUAACCCCAACAUGACUCACGCCAGGGCCGCAGAGGGGGAGCUUUUACACAGAGAGGGCCGUAAGGCCAUGAGUAAAACCCACAAUGUGGGAACACAUGCCUCCAAAACUAAGUUGACGGACAGGGUACGUCCUGUCACACCUGAGGUUGUGGGGCCCCCACGAAAACGAGCCACCCGCCGGGCAAAAGCGGCGCGGACAUGGAAAAGGGCAAAAGCCCUAACAGAUUCUUCCGACUCUAGUUCGGAUAAUGAGGAGGUUUCGAACGAGUCGGACCAAGUAGACUCAGAUGAAUGGGAAGUUUCCUCCCCGGACCGUAGUCCGACACGCAAUCCAGCCAACGCCUCGCAUGACACGGCGGAUGCAACCGCUAUUCUGGACCCCAAGGGCGAACCUUUGUUCGACCCGGAUACGUUACAAAAUCCUAGGUCGGCGGAGUGGUAUCCGACCGAUCAUGUAGCAUGAUACAUAGCAGCCAGAAUCCGCAAACCUUUGGAUAAAGCAACCAGGCAAAAACUACGGGCUGAAUGCCCACGCCCAACAGUGCCCGAUAUGGCCUGCGCCACGCCAGACAUCGACCCAAAAAUAGCACAAUUCCUGGGUAAGUCUGGCUAAAAGGCAAAGAAGGGACUUGAUUACUCCCUACAACAUUGUAAAGAUAAAGUGCUGGAUACAUUGGGCCCUAGUGCCAAGAUUUUUGAGUUGGUCGAAGCGGCCUUAAAUGAGGGAACGCCUCUUGAUUUACUAGCCAUUAGAGGCUGGGCCCAGAGGUCGAUAUGCCUCAUCGGCAACGCAAACGCUGCGAGGGCCACCGAAAGGCGCAAAACUAUAUUAAUGAAAAUCAAGCCCAAGCUCGUUAACAUGGCCCUCACCGAACCGGGACCGCAAGCCAAGGGUCUCCUGUUCGGAGACAACUUUGUUAAAGAACUGGGAACUUAUGUGAGCACAUUUAAGGCCCUAGACAAGGCACAGACGAACUUAAAACGAGUGUUCUCCCCCAGAGUUUUUGGUGGGGCCGGCAGACACCGGGGCCGUCUGCCCGGCCGUUCUUCCCGCGGUUCUUACCGGGGAUAGAGAGGUCCCGCCACGGCUAGAUUCCAGCCGCCAGAGAGUCGUACGCCCUCACCCUUCUUUCCGGUCAGGGCCAGACCAUGGCAACCUCGAGGACCCAGAGGCAACUCGUACAGCCGACGACCUUGUGGUAAGUAUACCGACUGUGGGGGGCAGACUGUUACACUUUUUAUGGAGUCCUGGCAACAACUGACAGCAGACAUAUGGGUCCUCAACACCAUCAGGGGUUACCACAUAGGGUUUGUACGGCCCCCGGUCCAAACACUCAGGCCACACCGCAUAGUUCUCUCCACACGAGACAAGGGCUUUGUGAGUGAGGAGAUUCGCACCCUCCAAGAAAAAGGCACCAUAUAUCAGGUCCCUUCACCAUCCCCUGGGUGCCCAAGAAGGGCGGCGGAGUACGCCCAGUCAUCAACUUGCGGCCACUAAACGCAUUUGUACGGUACCACCAUUUCAAAAUGGAGGGUAUCCACUGCCUGCGAGACCUGCUCAGGUUAGGGGACUGGAUUGUGAAACUGGACCUCCAAGAUGCCUAUCUUACAGUCCCCAUUGCGGAGGAGUGCCACCACCUGCUACAAUUCCAAUGGGAAAAGACGACAUGGAGAUUCCGCUGCCUUCCCUUUGGACUCUCAUCGGCCCCUUGGUGCUUCACCAAGUUGCUGAAGCCAGUGGUCGCCUCGCUACGCAGCAGAGGCGUACGGAUGAUCAUUUAUCUGGAUGAUAUGCUGAUCAUGGCACACGAGGCCCAUCAAUUGCAACAGCACCUGGCAUGGGCAUUGACAUUGCUACAAAAUUUGGGAUUUCUCAUCAACUGGGAAAAAUCGGUGCUUACCCCGUCCCAAAACAUGGAAUUCCUGGGUUUCCACAUAGAGGCAACUACCGGGACGCUCAGCUUACCGACGGACAAAGUCAUACUCCUCAAAAAGGAGUCAAAGUCAGACUCGUCAAGAGACCAGUACUAACACUCCGGCAACUAGCCGGAGUAAUCGGACUCCUCUCAGCCUCCAUCCAGGCAAUCUUCCCGGGGCCACUGCACUACAGGGCCCUACAACGUCUAAAGGCCACACAACUGCGCUCAGGGCACGCGUACUCCGACUCUGUGCCACUCGACUACGAGGCCAAACAGGAGCUCACAUGGUGGCUGCAACAUAUGGAGGCAUGGAACGGCAGAGCAAUAUUCGGGUCUGCCCCGGACUUCAUCGUAGAAUCCGAUGCGAGCACACACGGUUGGGGAGCGCGCUGCGGGCCUACCUCCACCGGAGGAACCUGGUCGUGCUCAGAGAAACAAUUCCACAUCAACGGUUUGGAACUCAUGGCGGGAUCUUUUGCCCUGAAGAGCCUCCUCGGGGGCAUAACCAACUGCUUCAUCGUCCUACGAAUGGACAACAUUUCCGCAGUCCGCUACAUCAACCACCUCGGUGGCACGAGAUCAAAGAUAUUGGCAGACCUGGCCAAGGAGUUCUGGCAACACUGCCUGGAACACAACAUCUCCGUCCAAGCGGAAUACAUCCCAGGAAUGUCCAACGUGGUAGUGGAUUGGCAUUCCAGACACAUACACGACGCCGGCGGCUGGACCGCGAUGUGUUCUUGCAGCUUCAGAUGCUCUGGGGCCCAAUGCAAAUCGACCUAUUCGCAUCUCGGCUGAACUCCCAACUGCCAACAUUCUUCAGCUGGAGACCAGACCCAGACGCACUAGCAGCGGACGCUUUUCUCCAACACUGGCCGAACAGCCGAUAGUAUGCCUUCCCUCCAUUCUCCCUCAUAGCUCGCACAAUAGUACAUCUCAGACGUACUCAAGCGUCCCUGGUCCUCAUAACACCGUUUUGGACAACCCAACCGUGGUUUCCGACACUAGUGGAAAUGUCCAUGGACUUCCCGAGACUACUUCCGGACCCCUGGUUCCUUUUAUCAGACCCAGAGGGUCCCAGGGGCGACUCAAAUUCUUAGCGUGGCUCCUUUCAGGGGACCCUGGAUCAUACCAGAUGUUCCACAAGACACUAUCGAAGUACUGGCAGGAGCUUGGGCGCCUGGAACUAGACGCUCCUACCUCUAUGCCUGGAACGGAUGGACUAGUUGGUGCAUGGGACAACAAGUGGAUCCCGUACGUGCUCCUGUAAAUUACCUGUUACGGUUCCUCACCAACCUGCAUAAUCAAGGUUUGGCCUACCGAACCAUCAAUGUCUACAGAUCGGCAAUCUCAGCAGGGCACCAAGGUAUAGAUGGAACCCCUAUGGGUCAGCAACUUCUUGUAUGCAGUCUCCUAAGGGGAAUUCUCUUUGCCCGCCCACCACAACCCCGAUAUACGUCAUUGUGGGACGUCAACUCAGUCCUGAAACUGUUGGAGUCCUGGCCUCAAAACUAAGCACUUACGCUCAAACAACUGUCAGCGAAACUGACCAUGCUCCUCUACCUGCUAUCUUGCAAGAGGGUAUCAGACGUUAGAGCACUGGAUGUUGAUGCACGCUCCUUUACCCCCACAGGAGUCUCAUUCAACAUCUCCAGACGUACAAAAUCGUCAAUUACAUCAGUCUCAUACCCUUCGUUCCCACACAACGAUAAACUCUGUCCAGUGCACUGCCUACGAGAAUAUGAGAAACGGACCCUGGAAUUCAGGAAAUCAACACAACCAGAAUUGUUUCUGGCUACCAGACAACCUCACCAACCUGUAUCCACGGUGACCCUCGCCCGCUGGGUGAAAUGGAUAAUGACGUUAGCACACAUAGAUACCACCGUAUAUGGCGCACACUCUGCUAGAGGAGCCAUGGCAUCAAAGGUUUUCACGUUAGGUUGUAGAUUAGAGGACCUCAUGAGAACAGCAGACUGGUCCCGGGAAUCGACGUUUAAAGAAUAUUACUUUCGACCUACGGAACAUGUGUCGAGCCUAGUUAUUUCACAGCUUUGAACUAGCCUAAUAAGAGCCUCCGUGUCCUUUAAUAAAAUUACCAGAUUUUACUAAUUACAUGACGUAAAGUCAUGAUUUUAUAAAGGACACGGAGGCGAGUAUUAGCCCGCCCGGAUCAGAUACACACAAUAUGAGUAUCCCAACCCAGGUACGUACUAGGUAUUUUAGUAGAAAGAGUUCCCAUUUAUAUAUAAGUGGUUCUUGGUAAUAUAUCACAUUGAUAACGAUUGCAUGUUUGAUUAAACAUAACUGGUUACAUAAACAGCUCAAGCUGAUAUAUAAGAUUAAAACGAAAAUAGUUGGCAAGGACACGCUUUACUAUUGUUUUCUUUGUUUUUCCAGCGUGAAAAAUCCUACAACUCCCAGUAUGGACGACGAGUUCAAGUUCAAGAGGAUCAGUUCCGGAGGAUCCCUGUAUUUUAUUUCCCAUGGAAGAGUUCAAGAUCAAGUUCAGUGAUCAACUGUUUUUUUAUUUAGGUUGUGUUUAGAACGAGUGGAUAGUUAAUCGAUACAGGAACGAACUUUAGCUUCGGCACCAUCAAGAAAGAGGAGGAGGUUACAGGAAAGGAUAUCCGAGAAGGACUGCUCCUAUUGGAUAGGAGAUAAUGAUGUAAUGUUAACCCUGUGAGGGUAGUUAUACAUGUUUCUUUUCUUUUUUUCUACAAAUAAACACCAUAGCCUUUCUUUGCUGCUGAUGAAUAAAAGAAAGAGAUAAGCCUAAUACUCGCCUCCGUGUCCUUUAUAAAAUCAUGACUUUACGUCAUGUAAUUAGUAAAAUCUGGUAAUUUUUGUCUAAAAGGGUUACUCCAACCACCAUGAUUUCUUUUGCUUUUUGAAGUGGUCAUGAUGGUAGAUGUCUGGAUGUGCAGUGUUUCAUCUUGAAACAUGGCACAUCCAGAGAUAUUUUUAAUUGUGUGCCGGGGGCAAGUUGCACCCCUGGUACAGGACAUUGGCAGCCCAGAACUUCGAUCCAGAUUGCCUUUCUGUGCGUGGUUUACGUCUGUCGUCAGCCCGCACUACACACUGGCGACAGAACAGUUUCUGCCUUGCAGGCAGAUGUAACCGCGUCUCCCACACCAACAUAAACAAUAUAAAAACAGUGAGAGCACUCAAUAAAUAGAGAAUUUUACCACAGGUUAUUGAUUGAAUAUACCUGUAAAAUAUAUUAAAAGAGAAUCAAUAGAGUAGUACAGUUACAAUAACUUAUUCUUCUUAAACUCUAUAUAGUUUAAUAAGAAUAAGUUAUUGUAACUGUACUACUCUAUGGUAUAUUAACCUGUGGUUAAAUUCUUUAUAUAUUGAGUGCUGUCACUGUUUUUAUAUUGUUUUAUUUGUGUAAUAGGAGUGUACACAUUAGGUGAUUGAAGCACCAUAUUUUAUCCUGCACUAUAUUGAUUAUGCUUCUCCCACACCAAGUGAAGUCCUCCCUCCACUCUGUUUUUUUUUUAAAUAUCCCAUUCUCCUUUCUUCUCUAUUUCCUCCCUCCCUAUCUCACUCCCUCCCUCUCAUCCUUCCUUUGCGCUCUGAGCAAGUAAAAUGGUCCAAUCAAAGGCUCCUCUUACAUCAGAAGGGGGUGCGCAGAGCAGGGCCGGGAUCUUUGCCAUGAAUUGAUAAAGGUAAGUUAAAGCCUAUUUUGGAGCAUUUUUCAGCUUUUUUUUGUAAGGUUGGGGGAGGAAUAACCUAUAAAAUAAUGCCAAUAAGACAUUAGCCUUUUUAGAAUUAAAAAAGGGUUGUAGUUCACCUUUAAACAUUGUUUUGAGAUCCAGCAGGCUGAACUUGAUGGAUGUCUCUUUUCAGCUAUGUAACUAUGAAACAUCAGCACACACUGUGAUUCUUACUACAUGUUCAAGUAAGUUUCAAACAACAAGGUAAGAUGCUGAAAAAAAACAUACAAUUGGGCAAUAUUUGUAAACUAAAAGAAACGCUGCUACCAUAAAUGGACUCUCAAAGUAUGCGGAGUUAAAGGUAUAUCACCAAACUCUUCUCAUGGGCAGCACUUUUCCUGCAAACUUUUCAUCUAUAGAGAAGUGGAGAGUUGAUCUACACAAAGUCUGCUAUACCCACAUGAAAAUUAAAUAAAGCAGCGAAAGUCCAAACAAUCAGAAACUUUUGCUUUGCAUGGAUAGACUUCCUCAGGCACGAUUGAUUGUAAAAUAUAGUUUUGUUGUUUUUUUUUAUUUUUUUGUUUUUCUUUUUGCACAUUGACUCGAGCUGUACAUUUUCUGUAAUUUUUUUUUUUGUAUGUUCCUCAGUCUAAUUUUAAGUUGUCACUUUUUAAGCACUUGAAUAUAGCUUUUUGAUUUCUGUUCUAAUUUGUGAAUAUAUAUAUAUAUAUAUAUAAAAUCUGUUCAAUGGGAUGUGGUCAUUAUUCACAGUUUAUUUUUAUUUUAGGUAUAUUACGUAUGUGGAGCUGUCUUGGACUCUACAGAAAAGGGCCUCAUUCUGUCCCCAGGUUUCCCUAAUAACUACUUCUCUGGAUUUCACUGUGUCUGGCAGUUUUUUAUCCCUACGGGAUCCCGCUUAGUGAUAGAAACACUGGAUUUUGAUGUAUAUGGGAAUGCGAGUGAUGAUGACCUUCCACUUGUUGCUUCUUCUGGCUUCACCACACUUACUACAGAUACAAAGGCCAGUAACAAUGCUGUUUACACAGAGGCUUCUGUGGUGGAUAUCUCUGAAAGUGCAAUAAAUCUGAAAACAACAGUACACGCUGCGUUCCCAAAUGAAAUUAACAAAGAAAUAGUUAUGCCUAAAGAGAGGUGGGAUAGAACUGAUCAGGGAGAAAAAACAGUAAGAGCCUUCCAAAGUUUAACAGCGGAAAAUGCCAACCUUAAUGAAGGAGCAGGUACAUUACAGAAAGGAGACCUUUUAACAUCAUCAAAAAGUGAUGGCAGUCUGGGAAAAGAAUCCAACAAGCUCUUGGAUAUCCCAAAUCCGUUCACUGGUAAAAUGACGGAACACUUUGAAGGUUACUGGCAAGAGCAGAAUGAGGGUGCAACUUCAUCAUCCAUAGUGUUGGGUGAUGGAAGUGACCAGACCACUUUUCCUCCACUAGUUGAUGUCUGCCCUCAUGACGUUCUGUACAUCUCUGAUCUUAGCACUUUCUCCACGCAGUUUUGUGGCUCCAACUCUCCACUAAAUAAAGUUUUGGUCUUCGGAUCAAAUGUGGAGAUGGUGGAAGUAAUUAUGGAACUAAUAACCACCACUGACCGUGGCAGAGGUUUUGCAGUACUAUUCAGCUACCAGAACCAGACAUCUGUGACGGCGAUGGGAGUCAUGGAGAGGCAGAGUAAAGAAGACAUCAUACUCUUGGCUGUGACAUCUGCUACUAUAUCCUUUGCUUUGGUUCUGCUGCUUGUACUGUGCUUGUCUUAUCGGUAAGAAAAUGUGAUCAACGGGAAAAGCGUUAUGUAGAGACACUGAUUAUUUAUUUUCUUUUUAUUUUAAUAAAGAAUAAUAUAAAUUUGCUCUACUAUUGCAAACUAAAGUUAGUUAAGGGAAUAAAGAGCCAUGGAUUAUGUUAUGGAAAGUUGAACAUCUCUAAAUGUAUGUCUUUAGGGCAGAAGUAGGCAACCUUUGGCAUUCCAGAUGCUGUGAACUGUAUGUCCACUUAUGUUUUGCCAACAUUCGGGCUAUAAGAGCAUCAUGAGAGAUACCGUCCACAUCAUCCAUAGUGCUUUAAGGGAUUUAUGCUUCAUUGAUUUCAGUAAUUAAAUUACUAAAUAAUUAGUCAUGGUGAGUUGACAACCUAACUGCAAAAUUGAGGGGGUGCACUUUGGGGGGUGCUGUAAAUCCCAAAGUUCAUGCAAAAUUCCAUGUUAGGGAAACACACUGAAAAAGAAAAUUUUUCAAAUCUUACAAGGGUACUUAAAAUUACAUCUCUCACAAAUAAAUAUGACUAUUUAGCCACACCAUAUAGUGUUUAAGCCCAGCACUACUUACAAAGUACACCUAUAUCUGUGAGUCAUUACACUAAUCCAAACCUAAUCAUAUAAACAUGGUCACUGCAAAGUGUACUGCUUAAAGUUCAUUAAGAUGCUCUCUUCAAAUUGUAUGCUUUUGGUCUCUUAUAAAAUGUCACUGAGUGAAGAGGUUCCAUGCUCAACCCAAGGAAUCUAGUAUGAGUCUUCCUUAGUUGGCACACUUCAAAACUUGAUAUAUAUUUUUGUUUGUAAUUCUUUAUUUUUGACAUGAAGGUGAGUACAACAAUGCCUAUAUUGCCACAGCAGCAUCAGCAAUUUUUAAAAAAAUUUUUUGCUCAAUUUUUAUGGUCAUAGCAAAACAGAUUUAUGGCGUGAUGGAUUUGCACAAAGUUACUACGUAACCAUUUAACGGUUCAAGAUCUAGGCAUUUGGUCAUUAAAUGUCUGGUUAAGGUGUUACAUUUCAAAGCAAGGCUUAACAUUUGAUCCCAGAACCAAUGGUGACCGUAAGUGUCUAGAUGUGUCCCUGAGGGUGAGGCAGCAAGGUAGAGUGCUACUAGUACAGCUAGGGUAUCAUUGGGCAUGUGAUGAGUGAGCGGAGGUAAUAGUGUAGUGGUAUGGUGACUGGCCUAUUAGAGGGCCGGCACGGGUUAGCAAUAGCAUCCCUCGAAGUUGUGGCCAGCAUCUGGUAGAGCAAUACGUUAGCAUGGAAUUAUGAGCGGUCAGUGAAAUGUUUAAGCGUUUGCGUUUAAAUGCUGUUUGCGUUUAGGUUCUCUAGGUCAUUUCAGGUAUGUCUAGUGGCCAGGAUUGCGUUACAACAAGGUCCGUUGACUGCGAUCUGUACGUUAAGGAACCCUUGGUAUAUAAACAUUUGAACCUGGAUAGGUAGGAGAAGAUGUAUAGUAUUUUUAACUAAUUUUUUUCUUACUAGUUUGUCAGAAGAAUUUUUUAAAACCGUGAAUUUGGAGCAUUUAAACUACUCCUAUCUAAUUCUAGUGAAUUAAAUAAUCUUUGAUUAUGAAAUGAUUAGCAAACCCUGUUCGUAUCAAUCUUCCAUUGAAAUUUGCUUUUUAUCCAGUAUGAGCCUGUGUUUGGUUUUUAUUGCAUAUGUGAAUAGAUGUUGAUAGUUGAGCUCCGGUUAAGGCUUUUCCCCCUUCUUAUUGUGGUAAAAAAUAGUUGUACAAAAUCUAUAGGUUUUAGGGUAAUUUGUUUUGCUUAACAUUCUUGGCCACCCAAUAGUUAUCCAAUCACGUGGAGGUGGAAUGACGUCAGAAGCGUAGUGCAUACCUGGGAAAACUAAUUUGCUACAAUGCUCCUUGUUGUUCAAACUUUUGAAACUUGGUUUCUGUUUUGUAUACAAUGGAGGAUCAGCAAUGACCACUAAGCGGGCACAUUGAUGGCACAGUUCUUAUUUCCAGUGGCAUUUUUUGGCUCACCCCUUCAUUGCUGUGAGUGAAAGGGUGACUUGUCAUGUCGCCAGGGAGUCUAAGUGCACUGGGCCAAUGUAAACUGGUUUGAAAGAAUGUCCUAUUUCAUCCUCUCUGGGCACAAACAAAGAAAACCACAAGAAAACAAGUUCACAUAGAGUCCCUAACCUGUAGCCCCUCAACACAUUCUUUUUCACAAUGUUUCAUGCAGUUUCUAUCUGCAUGAAACAUUGCGCCUAUUCUCUGUCAAUUUAGCUUGCGGGACUUAAUAUUAUUGGUGCUUUUCAAAAUGACUCUCAGUGCCCUCAAAUGCUUUGUUCGUAGAAUGACUAAUGCCUGUGCUGUCAGACAAAAAAAAAGUAACCCUGAUUCUAAGAGAGAUAAUAAUUUUGUGUGGCUGGGGUUUGAAAGGGUUUAAGAAAGCAUCCCCCCCCCAGCUUUUAGUGAAAUGCAACUCUCCUUGUUCUCAUGUAACCUGGGUUUCAGUACUUUUCUUAUUUUCUAGAUUAGAAUUAUUAUGGACACACUGUAUUAAUGCAUGUUCCUACUUCUUCUUUGGUGAUUCAGGCAGAAGAUGUGUCCCAAGAGAGAUCACAGUAUUGAACAAGUGACCCCACAUCUGGUAAGUAAAACAUUUUGUAUUUGUAUAUACUACAGUGUUAAUACAGCCACACAUGUUCAACUAUUGCAGAUAAGUUUGGAAAAAUUUAAAUAUGACCAUAGUCCGAGACAGCAAAAAUGGUUGGUUUCGAUAAUUGUUUUUGGCUUUUUCCUGUACCUUUAGAUUGUAAGCCGGGCAGGGCCCUCUAUACCUAUCAAUCUGUUUAUAUUGUAUAGUCUUUUUUCCCAAUUGUACAGCACUGCAGAAUGUCAGCACUUUAUAAAUGGCAGUUAUAAAUAAAUAUAUUUGUCUACAAAUAUGAUAUGUCUUAUAGUGCAAUUACCAGAUUUUACCAUUAACAUGGUCUAAAGUCAUGAAUUUAUAAAAGGACAUGGAGGUGAAUAUUUCUUAUGUCUUUAAUCUCUCAGCUGCAAAGAAAGCGUUGGUGUAAUAAUCAAAAAAUAACCAAACCCUGUUAGGGUUAACCUGAUAACAGUUCGGCUUAUAACAUUGUUCAUCACACAUACCAUCAUGUAACCUUAAACCACUGAGAUUUCAGAUGAUGCUCCCGAUUGCAAAAAUCAAAUGAAAUAGAAACCGUAUAACAAAACAGUAAAUCGUCAAAAAGGACAAUCGUGAUCGAUGAAAUGACGUACAAGUCGAGAUCCGACUGGAAACAAUCUUCACAAAUCCGAUGGGAUGUAUCAAACUGAAAUUAGAAGAGAAUGUGAAAUAGUGUCAAGACCAUAACUAGAACUACAAUCCAAAUAAUUGAAAUACUUCAGUAAAUACUUAAGUUAUUAUAAUAAAAAGCUGACAUUACAUCAGAAAGUCAAACAAACAGUAUUGGAAUGCAGAACAAUAAUCAGUAAUCAGCAUAACCCACGUAGUACCUGACAAAUCCAUAUGGUAUCUAUGUGAAGAAAACCUAUAAAAUGGGAGAAAUCAUCAAUAAUAAUGAGUCAGGGAGGUGAAUAUCAAUAAAAUCAUGACUUUACGUCAUGUUAAUAGUAAAAUCUGUUCAUUUUAUUAAGACACGGAGGCUCAUAUUUGCUAGUUUGCAGCUCCGAAAUAAGGAAAGUAGUAAAAUGUGAAGUUGGUCUGAAGUAAACAUGAAUUCUCUAGACUGCCUCUCCACUGCAUUCAGCAGUUGAAAACCCAGAGAAAAAGAUCACAUUUCAUGAGGGGUAUCAUGGCUUUUCAGAGGUGUCAAUCCCAGCAGAUUUCAUAGUCCUUUUUACUUAUUGUGCGAGAGUGAUAGUAGAUACUGGAUGAUGAGGCUUACGUAAAGCUACAAACAUCUAGGGGCGAGAAACAUCACAAAAUAUCGCUGUUCUCUUAUUCUCAGAGGCAAGAUACUGGACUCAAUUGUAAUUUGUGUGGAAAACGCAGAUAAAAACUGAUUUCAUAGACGUUUCUGUCCUUUGAGAAAUAUCAAAGGAAAAGCCAUCGAGUGUAUAAGAGAGCGCAGUGAGGCACAAUACGCAGACACCGGAAAUACAUGAAAUUGCAAUCAGCAAAGUGGCAUAACCAAUUUUGCAGAUUAUUUUUGUAGAGACAACUCUGUUAUUCGGCUACAAUUCAAAUAAAGAAUAAUAUUGACAUCCCAAAUAUAUUAGUACCUAGGUUGUGGAGGGAGUGCAAAUCCAUUUACAAAUAAAGAGUUGUUUUCACACCAGGGAAACCAUCAAAUCACAAUGACCAGCUGAGAUCACUGACCAGUAGAGCUUUACUGUGCAAUGGGCCGAACCAACAUCAAAAAGUCGAAUGACGAAACGGAUAGAUGUUAAAGAAGUUGAAACGGGAUCCACAUGUUGUUCCAUUCACUAGUGAGUCCAAGAAUUCCAGAUUAGGAUCGUAGUGUUCCUGGAGCCCAAGCUCCAGCCAAAAGAUCGAAUAUCACUUGUGGACCAUCUGGCAUGUGUCCUAGUCCCCAGAGAGAAACCAAGGCAAGAGCCGGAAGUGGCCAUGAAGUAGGAGAGGGUGAGGAUUGCCUCCUGGGUCCAAAAGAAUAUCUGGAUGGGAAGGGAAUAAUCUCAGCAUGUCGACGGACAUCUCCAGAAGCUUUGGUUUCAGUCCAUAUUGAUGUAAUGAGAACCAGUGAUGAUCAAUACCUCGUACCCUACUUCACCUAUGAAGAUAUCUGAGAGAAUGGAGUGAAGGCAUCCUUUUCCAUUGUUCCCUUCUUUGAGGGAAGAGGGCCAUUGUUGUGGAAAAACAUCCACAGCGAGAGCAUCUGGAUCCAGUUUACAGCUGUAGAAGUGGGGAAGAUGAGGUUUCAACCAAGAUGUGACUAGGUCUAUGUCUAAUGGUCCCCAUAGUGAUCGCAGUGGAAGAAAUACUGAAGGGUCCAGUCACCAAUCGCUGGAAUCCAUCAGGUAUCUGGAAUUCCAAUCCACCACCACAUUGGACAUCCCCGGAAUGUAUUCCACCUGUAUUGAUAUGUUGCAAUCCAGGCAGAAUUGCCAAAACUCCUUAUCCAGAUCCACCAAGGCAUGUGACUAAUAAUCCGUUUAUGUACCUUAAUGGAGGCCUCAAGUAGGCUACAUAGUGCAAAGGACUCGGCCAAGGGCUCGAGACAAGCGAUUUUCUCUUGAGGGGACCACUUCCCUCCUGUACAGAUAGGCCCUCAACACGCCCCCAAGUCGAUCGCACUUACAUCAGAGUUGACAACUGUGUCUGGACUCAUAAAAAAAAUAAAAAUAAAUGGCACAUCCGUUCCAAGCCUCCAUAUGUUUUAUCCAUCAAGCCAGGUCCUCCUUGACGUCACAAUCAAGGUGAAUAACAUCAGAGUAAGACAUGCCGAGUCACAAAUUUCUGGUCUUGCAACAUUGAAGUGCCCGAUAGUGAAGAGGACCUGGAAAGAUGAAUUUGAUCGAAGCGGAAAGUACACGAUCACCAUGGCUAAUUGCCAAAUGGUUAUGAGAGGGCGAGACCACAGUAUUCUGAUUUCUCUUUUCAAGUACUUCAUCUUGGCAUCAAGUAAAUUAAGAGAAUCCAUGAUGGAGUUUGUCGAAGCCCAAAUUCCAUCAGUAGGGUGGGAACAAGUACGAACUUUUCCCAAUUGAUGAUUUAAAAAAAAAAAAAAAAAAAAAAAAAGUUUCUGGAGAAAUAUCACUGUAAAAAAAAAAUAAUGGUGGAACAAAAAAUGGGUACUUAGCUGAGGGAGCCGCUGCAAAAAAGUGGCUUAGGGUCACAUGAUGGGAUAUGGGAUGAACCAUGUUAUUGGCUCAUGUGUUAUAUGGUUAACCCUUUCUAGGUUUAUUUACUUUUCUACAGUUGUGCAUUAAUUCCUUUCUUUGCUUCUGAAGGAUUAAAGAAAAAGAAAAGCAAAUAUUCACCUCCGUGUCUUUUAAUAAAAUUAUUAUUUUUAUUAUUAUUGGUAUUAAUAUAGCGCCAGCUAAUUCCGCAGCGCUUUACAAUAAAAGGGGAAUUUAGCUAAUGAGACAAUAACGAAGUGUAACCAGAACAAUAGGUAGACGAGGACCCUGCUGAAACGAGCUUACAGUCUAGAGGAGCACUGAUUAGUGAUUAAAUUAUCUAUUUAAUUGUUUCUAGAGUGGAGCUCAAAAUCCAGCCUUGGAUGUCAGUGAGCUACAGCAAGUAGUACCGGGAGAAGAUCUGAAUGACAGGGAACAGGAAUCGGACAGUCAGGAGGAAAAAGGUAUGCAUGUAUCACGCUUUGAUCUCCCUACCCUAGAUAUGUACUGAAAGCUGUUAAUAUUUUCACCAAGAUAUUGUUUUAGGCCAGGCUCCUAAAUGUAUCUUGCAAUAGUUAUACACCAUUUCUAGGGUGCUGUCAAAUUAUAGGCAUUGUGUGGGUGAUUUUCCUAUGGUGGCCAUAUUGGUAGAGGAGGAAUCACAACUCACCUUUUUAACCUGCAAUGUUUUACAAUUCUUUGUAUAAAGAAUAAUAAAUUGUGGGAUUGUUAUAUAGAAUGGGCCUUUACCGAAACACAAAUGGGAAUACCAAGUCCACUUUGACUAGUUCAUCUUAACAGAACAUUGUCAACUAGGUUACGUUUUUGGCUCUGAAUUCUAUUUAUGAUGUAGCACAUAUAAGCCUUUAAAGGACCACUAUAGUGCCAGGAAAACAAACUCGGUUUCCUGCCACUAUAGGGUCUUUAGGUCCCCCCUCCCAUCGGGCUGAAGGGGAUAAACACUUACCUUUCUCCAGCACCGGGCUCCCUCGGUGCUGGGGAACUCUCCUCCCUCUCCCAACGUCCGCUUUGAAUGCGCAGCAAGAACCGGGCGCGCAUUCAAACAGUCCAUAGGAAAGCAUUUAUCAAUGCUUUCCUAUGGACGUCAGCGUCUUCUCACUGUGAUUUUUCACAGUGGGAAGUGCCUCUAGCGGCUGUCAGUGAGACAGCCACUAGAGGCUGGAUUGACCAUAUUGUAAACAUAGCAGUUUCUCUGAAACUGCUAUGUUUACAGCUGCAGGGUUAACACUAGAUGGACCUGGCACCCAGACCACUUCAUUGAGCUGAAGUGGUCUGGGUGCUAUAGUGGUCCUUUAAACAUACGUUUGCAGCUUUCCAGUGAUUCUCAAUGAAAAGGGAUUAUCACUGAGCAGGUUGCAAGACAGGUCUGCACUAGCACACUACACCUGCCACUUCCGUUGAGCUAAUGAAAGCAGAAUAAAAACCCCCAGCCUGUCUGAAUGACAGCCGGGGAGGCAUUUCUGCCCCCAAUUAUAAUAGUUCAGGUUUCUGUUAAAAUCAUCACAUUUAUAAACUGUUGGGAAAAAAACUCCAGACUCAUAAAGUACUUCAGCAAGAUGCAAAGUUCUAUAUCUGCCACCCGGCGCCCACACUUUUACUUUGCUCUGCAAUUUUCUAUUUAUUUUUUUUUCACUCUUCUCUCUAAGUUCCUUUUCUGUUGUUAUUCACUUCUUUGAAUGCUCUCCUACUUCUCUCCUCUUUCUUUAUUUUUCUGUACUGAUUUAUGUGUCUCUUCCCUAUAGUUUCAUCAGUCUAAGGGGCUUUGGCAUAGUCUAAAUAAUUACUUUCCAUGAAGUCCAAGCCCAUUCCCUCAGCUCUCUCUCUCUCCGCUGCUCCGGUGUGUUUUAUUGUUUUAUUGAAGCAUUGCCGUACAACCUCCUGCGUUUGUCAGCUUUUGUGGAGUGGAAUUCAUGCUUCUCUGUGUCUAGGACUGAAGAGAGUGGUCUGUUUCUGCCUGUUCUGGCUUAACGCACACUUUGUUACUAUUGUGUUAUUAUCCAGUCAGGGAACUCUCUCAUUGAUUAUAAUCUAAUAUAUCUAUCUAAAUAAUAGAUCUUUCUAUAUAUCGAAGAUAUCUGUCUGUCUAUCAUAUCUAUCUCUUGUGGGAAUGCAAUGAGCUGGUGUUUACAUUGAUUAUUCGGUCACAGCAUUAAUUUGACAGGUCAGUGGAGAUCUUAUUACUUCUGUUGAUCACCAGCAAUCAAAGACCAAGUGAGGUGUGUGUCUGUUUUGGGCAUACCUCUCUUUUCUGGCUAAAUCCAAGUCACAUUGAGGUCAGUGGUAACCCUAGUGCCCCCGUCUCUUGUUUUGCAGCUGCAGACCUAUCUAAACAAACCUUGCAGGAGGAUCCCUCCUCUUCUAUUGCCACUGUUACAAGUGAUGAUGUUUUUGUGAUCUCAGACAGCAAUAACCGAGAGAAUUUCAGCUUUACCAACUACCCAAAGGUAGGUACAUAUUGGACAGAGGCUUUGUUUCCAAUCCAGCAAAAAACAGACCAUGUCCUGACAACGAUAACUUCUUACUUUUAAGAUCUCUGCUUGUUUUGUCACCUGCUUUCUUACAUUUCACAUGGGCCACAUUGUUGUUUUGAAAGAACUAGGAGGAGUAAUUGUACCCAAAAAGGCCAACUACUACUGAAAUCUAUACCAUCAUGUCUUGACCUAUUGGGAGCUACGUUUGUAAUUAUACAAGACCAUAAAAUACUUAUUUGCACAUACUAAUUUAAAAAAAAAUUUUUUUUGCAUAAUACAAAAGUACACAGACAAAAAUGUGUGCAAGGAUAAUUCAAACAAUAGAUCUAAAGAAAGUGAUCAGCAACCAAGUUUUCAUUGUAAAAACUUAUGUACACACUGGAUCUACCAUGUAUUCAACAGAAUUUAAGCUAGAAUCGAGAUGAGUGUUCAUCUAGAUAUGGCGUUCGAUAGUGACAAACAUGACAUCAAUGGUCACUAGGGAUUCUGAGUUGGGGCUGCGAGGUCCUCAAGACGAGGGCAGACAGUAGUACAAGGUAUGUCUAAGCCCUGACAGUGAAGACAUCACUAGGGGAACCUGUUCUAGCUUUCCUUCUUCAAGGAUUAAAAUUAAAGCUAUGUAGAGGACCACUAGUGUCACGCUGACCACCGCAUGGUGUCUGGGUGUAGUAGCCCUGUAGUUUUAAUCUUGCAAUGUAAACAUUGCAAUUGUUCAUAUUUUCUUGUUGCUUUUUUAUACUUCAUUUUACCAUAGAGGCAUUUACUGUGAUCUGGUACACUUAAAAGAAGGCCAAGUGCAUCUUUUGACUUUCAUAUAUGGGCGUUUCCCAUUGUCUGCGACUACUGUCCUCUAUGAUAUUUUUGAUCUGCUCUGUUGCUUUUAUUUUGUGGUUCCCAUUUUAGUUCUAUAUUCCAUCAGACUGGCUAUAAGAUAAGUUACACAUUAUAUAUAAAGUGCUCCACCUUAUUUUUUGUUAUCCGUAUCUGUUUUCUGGUGUAUUGAGAUAGGGGGUCUAGCACAAGUGAUCUACAGCAGCUUUUUAUUUUUUUAUUAUUCUUUCUUUUUGUUGUGCUUAGAGUUACAAACACAUGUGUAUCGCCACGACAGCAGAUACAAGCCAAUGGAAUAACAAAGAAUAAACAGUUUCAUGACAAUCAUUGACUGCACAAUUUUUUAAAAGGGAGCAGGUUAGGUAUAGAUCUCUAUAACAUUAGUUUCAAUCAAGCUGGAAGCUACGAACGGUAGGAUAGACAUUUUGAGUAACAUCAAGAACGUAUAAAGGUUAACAUAUGAUAUACAGGCUUAGGUAAUACGCUAUGGAUCCAAUGCGACAUUUCCAUACUAUUCAGUGAUUCGCUGUAUUUAGGUUACAUUACAUGAGUUAGUGACAUUUGCUUACUGGGUAUGUUAGUAUGCUUGGGGAUCCAGAGACAUGCCACUGUCCAAAGAUAUGCUGAGCUCAAUCAUAGUGUUGUAUAACAGCUUUAAACAGAAUAGCACGGUAGAGGCAGACAAAAUUUUACUAAUAAACACUUUAAAUCAUGUUACUAAUGCCACAGAGCUUGCUUGUCCCAGCAGGUGUCCUCCAGGUUCUGUCAAGAGGGAAAGGGAGCAUCAGGCCGGUGAAAUCAGUUUAGGCAGGUUGCGCAGAUUCCGGGCAGUCAGGCAACAUGGGGUGAUGUGGCAUCAUGACGGUAACCUUUGCUCAGUUCUCUUUGUGGGAGCUGUGCGUGGUGAUGUAGGGAGGUCAUGGGCCCCAUGGUGCUUGCCUCUGAGUCGGUCAGCCGAUACCUGCUGCGGGCACCUCAUCGAAUUGCAGUUCAUUAAGGGGUUUCAGGCUUCUGGGCGCCUGUGUGGUCGUGUACGGUUGUUUAAUCCCCUGAGUGGGAGUGCCCAGGUGCACUGUGGGAUUUCGGCAGAGUUCCACACUGGGUCCCCUCGGCUUCUUUCUGUGUAGUUUCUUGUGCUUGGCUGAGGUGUGUGGUCUGUUCCACCUUCCCCUUAGGGCCUUCCUCGCAGCUCGAGCCCCGGCUUGGUGCUCAGUGUGUGAGGGGUGUCGGUCAGGUGAGUGGCUGCUUGCGUGCAGUGAGGCUUGUUGGAGUGUCUGGCUUUCUAAUUUUAGCCAAAAGGCAUUGAAGAUGGCCUUCAGCUUGUCGUGUAGCUCGGUCUGAUGGCGGGGAAGGCGCGUGGCUUCCACCAUGUUGGGUGAGUCGGCUGGCUUGCUCGGCAUCAGCUGAGAGCAGUUCUCCCGGGUUGGACCGUGAUUACCCCCAACGGUCCCGGGGGGGGGGGUGUAACGGGGUGCAUGCUUUGCAGGGUAGCCCCUGAGCGGGAGGUCGGCCACGUCUCCCGCCCGGUGCGCCACAAGGCCGCAUCCUGUCUCCAGCUGGCGGUUCGGCUCCUAUCUGGUCUCUGACCCCUGCCACCGGUUCCAGCAAGGUCUGGCUUCUGGGUGGGCUCCAAUUGUCGCUGAGAUCAGACUGUGUGGGGUCUUUUAGUGCAGUAAAUGCCAGGGUUGUGGAGGAGCUCAAGCGAAACGUGACUGUCCGCCAUGACGGUUAGGCCCCGCCCCCCCCCCCUACAGCAGCUUUUAAAUCUUUUUAAAAUUUUAUUUUUUGCUCUGCAUACGAGUACAUAUACACUGGUAAUGCCACGAUAGCAAUAACAAGCAGUAACAAGCAAUAACAAGACAUAAAGCAUUCACAUGGUAUCUGAAGUAUCUGCACAUUUUUACAGGUUAUUUAAGUCAAGCUAGGUUAACAGAAACUGGGAGCAGUUAAAUGGAGAGACACUUAUCACGUAUUCAUAGCAUCUUAGGGCAUAGUGAGAACUAAUAUUGCGGAGAUGUGAAAGAGAAGUUUACCAGGCUAAAACCAGAUUAACUGAUUAAUUAGUUUACCACUAGGUGCACUAUCCAAGAGGCUGUCUGCUUGUGUCUAAUGCCAAAGGACCACAUAACUGCUCAUGGUUACUCCACUGUGCCCAAGUCGCCAUGCCAACACCCUGUUAAUCACAACUCAUAUAUAAAAAAAGGUAGAGAUGAAAAAGAAGAGACAAAAGAGCAAAUCAGUGAAUAUUAUAACAUAUAGUAUGCUUUAAAGUUUGCAACGUGUUGUGAUAUAAAAUGCAGGUACAGAGGACUGUAUGCAAUAGUAAGUCCAGGGUCAGCCAAUUCCUUUACUCAGGAGGUUGGAGAGGGGAGCCAAGGGAUCGCUGGCGUUGGCAACUGUGCGGUACUAAGGCUUGGCAGCCCAAAAGCCUCAGGACAGAAGAGAGACCGGCAUCAUUGAGCCAUGGACUCUGAAGCUUGCGAAGUCCAAGUCCGUUCCCCCGAAGGGGAUAGCAGAGAGUCGGGCAGACUGUCGCCGCCAUCUUCGUCAGAUUCUCUGCUUAUGUGGUCGAAGCUUUGAAGGUUAACCCCUAGUGUAGUGGAUGCAGUGUGUAUUAGUGUAAUGUAUAUAUAAUGAAAGCAGAGUGUUUGUGUAGUGUGUGGGUAGUGUGCGUAAAGUGAAUGCUGUAUAUACUAAAUGCAAAGUGUGUGUGUGUAUAUAAUGAAUGCAGAGUGUGUGUGUAUUUGUGUAGUGUGUGUAUAUAAUGCAGUGUGUGUGUGUGUGUGUGUAGGAAGGUGAGUAUUAAGAGGAGCAGCCGCUUGUAUUUGAACUGUACCCUUGGGAGUGCCACCACCACUCCGCCUUCUGAUCCUACAAUCUCUGGUACACGGACUCAGCUAUGAUGAUGCCAUUUGCACUUCAAGUGUUGCCUGGAAGCGUUGGAAGAGGGCGUCCAAUCUCUGCAGACAAGUAUCUACUGGGCUGCUUUGAUUCUGCUGUGUCUGUGUCAGAAUAGGUCCUUGAUGGAGUACCUCUGCCAUUUUGCUAGUAGAAGGUGAGGCAGGAGCGGCAAAUCAUGUGCUCUGACAUUGGAAGUCGGCACAGCAGGGAUCGGGAUGACCCCCACCAGUCCGGAGGGAGGGGGGGGGAGAACGGGUCUUGGCUGUGACUCAGCCCAUGGGACUCCACUGAGGAGGUCGGCCACCACUCCCAGCAGGGCCUGUACUAGUCCGCAGAUACACAUGACCGAAGCUCCGCUUUCGCGGGUCACAAGAAUGAUCCGAUUGGUGCCCAAGGUGUUUGGGAUUAACGUGGGUGAGUUUGAGUCGCUGACACCUCGGUAUCUACAAUAUUUAACGGAAUAGGGCAAUUUAAAUGAGGAUCCCUAUUCCCAUGCGACUGCUUAGCAUGGCAUCCAAGCCCUGACCCCUCUACAGCAGCUUUUUAUUGUAUCUAUUUGUGUGAUAUCCAUAUAUUGGGGAGUGUAUAUGUGUGUAUAUGUGUGUGUGUAUAUAUAUUAAAAGAUCAACGUUUCAGUCUGCUGCUGCAAACUUUCAUCAGGACAGAUCACCAUGUCCUGAUGAAAGUUUGCAGCAGCAGACUGAAACGUUGAUCUUUUAAUUUGGAGCAAUAAAAGCUAUUUUUUACUUACAAGAAAGACCGAGGAGUGCUAUCUACUUUACCUUUCUAUGUUUUUGCUGAUUAGCACCAGGCCAGCAGUGGAAUACGCAGUGAGUGCAACAAAAUUUGUAUUUUUGUGUGUGUGUGUAUAUAUAUAUAUAUGUGUAUAUAUAUAUAUAUAUAUAUAUAUAUAUAUAUAUAUAUACACACACAGACAUACACUGUAUAUGCUGCUUGGCACUCCUCCAACGUUGACAGCAAUUUAUAUUUAGCCUGGGUGCAAUCUUGCGUUGUGUGUGUGUGUAUAUAUACAAAAAAUUAAAUAUAGGGAGCACUCACAGGUCUCAAAAUAGUCAUGCAAAUGGUGUUUGGUUUUUUUCCGGUCAUCACAAAAUUAGCUGUGGUUACAGAAAAUCUACGUUUCGACCCAUUCGGUUCUUUAUCAAGAUCAUGAUUAUUAUUUUUCUAUUUUUGCUUGCAAUAUAUUGUUUAAAUCUGUGAGUAUAUUGAGUCUAUGCAGCUGUGUUUAUGCAUGUAGGGAUAAAAAUGUAAGAAGUGGAUAGGAUAAAGGGAUGUCAAAGGUUUGAGAGGAAUUAACAUCCGAGUUUGUUUACAUUGGGUGUUUAGUGUUAAAAGGAUUAAAAAUGUGAAAGGAGACUGUUGAGGUAUAACGGGUGUUUAAAAUAGUUUAGUGCAAUAGGUGGGAUAAGUUUAGUGUUUUAAUAGGAGUUAAACCUAGGAUUAAAGGUACACUAUAGUGUUAGGAAUACAAACAUGUAUUCCUGACACUUUAGUCUUGGUGUGGCUGUUUAGGUCCCCGGCCCACCUUGCUUCCUUUCGAAAAGAUGAUUUUACCCACCUGUUCUUCCACUCAGCUUCCGUAGGAAUGCAUUGAGGGCUAUUGCGCAUGCAAUUAGCACAUUGCUGUGCCAAUCAGCAUCUCCUCAUAGAGAUGCAUUGAGUCAAUGCAUCUCCAUGGAGAAUGCUCAGCGCCUCCAUGCAGAGCGUGGAGAUGCUGAACACCAGUGUUACCCAAUGUGCAGCACUGACACAGGAAGCACCUGUAGUUGCUGUCUAAAUGACUGUCACUAGAGGUGUUACUAGGCAGCAAUAUAAACAAUAGGUUUUGGAAGGGGUUACAUAUAGGGUUAGGGAAAAGGUUUGUUUACUAAGCAAAUAGCCUCUCAAACGCUACCGGACUUUCCCUGCUAUGUCUUCUGUAGUCCAGUCAGUCUCCUGUGAUUCAUUACAGAGAUGCAGAAGUUGUUAUAUAGUGUGCUCCACUCAGUGCUGUUCCUGCUCCUCUUGCAAGGCACUUCCUGUGAGAGAGGUUAGUAGUGUUCAGAUGGGAAAUGAUCCCUUCCACUUCCUGUACAGCCGCAUACUGAAGCAGCUGGACAACACUUAUUUUUACACCCUCUUGCAUAGGAGGUUGACUGGAUACAGAAGACACUGGCCAAGGCUUCUGAUAUUUAACUUUCCCUUUUAGAAAACUCGAGCUCCAAAAAGUCAGGCGCGUACCUCCCAACCUCUGGUGUCUGUGAAUCGGAACCUGGUGGAAGGGUAAAAAAAAGGGGCAGUGUCUGUGACACAAUAUGCAUCACGGGCUCUGCCUAUAGGGGAGGAACCGCCAGAGCAGGGAGCAGUUUUUUCUGUAGAAUUGAAAGAUUAGCCAGCCUGCCAAUCAACUAGGCCAGUCCACUGGGGACAGACCCUGCAGUUAGAAAUGGGUUUUAGUGCUCUCUGCAGGUUGUUAGUGACCUGAACAUAGGGCAAAUGCAUCUAAUGAUACAUUCACGCCAUGCUUGUUGGGGACAGUUUCCUGAUGUCCCCAAAAAUGGGACACCAGUGAACUUAGUCAGAACCAAAAUCAGUACAGUUGGGAGGCCUGUAGGCAUCUGCCUAAUGGAAAAUCUGGAGCAGACCGUAAUACUUAUCUCCGGUGUUUAAUAAUAAUAAUAAAAAAAAAAAAAAAAAAGUUUCUUUAUCGUUAUAGUGACUUCUGUUUAUUGAUAACUUCUGGAUUUUCUAUAGUAAAUACUAAAAUCUCAAUUAUAAUUAGAAGAUUAUAUAUAUAUAUAUAUAUAUAUAUAUAUAGUGGAAGGGGUUUUCAAUCACAAUUUUUCCCCACCAUAACCUAUUUGGAUUUUGCUUCCCAAGCACUACCAAGCCUCACUAAGCAAACCAGUAACCAACCUCAUGCUGAAGAGUUGCAUUAACAACGAAACAGCUGUCCAUGAGUGGUUCACUGGUUUUGCAUCUUAUCCUAAAUUGUGUUCCAAGCAGUUGUAUACUGCAAACACAAAUUAAAAGGAAUCCAUGUUUAAAAUGGAAUGAGGCAAAAAUGUGAUUCUUUGUUAAACUAAUUUGCAUAUGCCCACCCAGAAUCCUUUGCGGUUGUAACAUCACUGCUGAUUUGAGAUUUCUGUGGGAAAAGCAAGUCUUAUGGCUUGACUGGUGUGCAGAUUUUUGUUUAGCAUUGUAUUAACUAUCCACAUACUUCAGGUGGAAGGGGUUUUCAAUCACAAUUUUUCCCCACCAUAACCUAUUUGGAUUUUGCUUCCCAAGCACUACCAAGCCUCACUAAGCAAACCAGUAACCAACCUCAUGCUGAAGAGUUGCAUUAACAACGAAACAGCUGUCCAUGAGUGGUUCACUGGUUUUGCAUCUUAUCCUAAAUUGUGUUCCAAGCAGUUGUAUACUGCAAACACAAAUUAAAAGGAAUCCAUGUUUAAAAUGGAAUGAGGCAAAAAUGUGAUUCUUUGUUAAACUAAUUUGCAUAUGCCCACCCAGAAUCCUUUGCGGUUGUAACAUCACUGCUGAUUUGAGAUUUCUGUGGGAAAAGCAAGUCUUAUGGCUUGACUGGUGUGCAGAUUUUUGUUUAGCAUUGUAUUAACUAUCAUAUAUAUAUAUAUAUAUAUAUAUAUAUAUAUAUACAUAUAUAUAUAUAUAUAUAUAUAUAUAAUAUUGUGUGUGUGUGUGUAUAGAGAGCAUUUUCAGCUCUGUGUUGCUUUUGUACAUUUGUAUAGAAAUGUUUGAAUAUGAUUUAUACAAAAAGUUGUUCUACUUUGUCAUUUGCAAAGUGUUUCAUAGUGCUUAAUUGUAUUGCUAUUGUAUAACAUGAUCUUAAAAUGGUAAUUUGUAUAAAUUGUCUUCUGUAAAAUUGUUUAGUAAGCAAAUGUUUUGCUGAAGUUGUUGUGUAAGAGUCGCAAAAUGUAUGUCCAUGGAUUAAUUGCAGCCACUGUGAGGAAACCACGUCCAUUGUAUAGCAUUCCCCUAGGCCAGGGGUAGGCAACCUUUAAGCAACACUGUGCCGAUAUAGGAUUGUGAUGUCCCGUAGCGUGCCGGUCCUAUUUUUUUAAAAUUGAAGUGUGUUUGCUGCCGUAUUCUGCUUGUUAUUUUUACUGUAAUUGCUUUGAAUCGUUGUAUUUGUGCGUAUUUGAGCUAUUAUAUUGUAUAUGUUCAUGAGUAGUUUAUGGUAUUGUGUAUGAUACAUAUGAAUGUGGGCUGCGUAUGAGGGCUGCUUGUGGGAUUGUGUGUGGAUGGAUAUGUCACAUUGUGUGUUUGGUAGUGUGUGGGGGCUGUUUGGGGUAUUACAUGUGAGAGGCUGCAUGUGGGGUUGUAUGCAUGUAUGUGGAUUGUUAGUGGUGUUGCGUUUAAGCGGAUUGUGUGUAUGUUUGUGUGAGGGCUGUUCGUAUUAUUUGUAUGAGGGGAGGGUUAUUGUGCAUUUCUGUGUAUAUCUAGCAGUGUGGGUGGCUUCCCUGGGUUCCAGUGGGGACCAGGUCGGCCAGAUACAGGUCAAGGACAGGAGCUGCAACAGCAACUGUGAGCUGCUAUACUACUGUGUGGAUUCCCAUUCACAAGUGCUGGGAAGAAGUGAUUUGAGAUCACUUCCUCUGCGUGCUGCAAUGCAUAAAUUGAGGAUUGUCCUUCACCACCUCUUCGUAUUAGCAGAUAUCUGAAGUUUCACUGGGACUCCUGAUAGGCCAGAGCCUGUUUGGCUCUAGCAGCCUUGAGUGCCGUAGGUUGCCUACCCCUGCACUAGUAUUUCUUACAAUAAAAUAGUGUUAUCUCAUUUCAGUAAAGCCAGCAGAUAAUGAAAACUGGAAAACACAGGAAUUAGUAGGGCAAUUUCCCUUCAUAUUAUCCAAAUCCCACUAAAUCAAAAGUAGCCAUUAUUGCAUAGCUCCCACGCGUCUUAGCAGCACAGAGCAUAAGCUUCUUGUGAUGCAGUUCAGUUCAUCAGAACAGCUGUCUAUGGAUUAUGGGAAUUGUAGUUCAACAGCGGAAGAACAGCGAUUAUGUCUUCUUCUGUCCCAGAAAACCAUCUGUACUUUGUUUAAAGACAUCCACCCUGUGGAUUUUUUUUAUUUAUUUUAAAAGCUCUAGGACAACAGCUUAAUAGAAGAAGCUUCCCAAGGAUACUGUUUGUAAACUGCGGUGGUCUGCAGAUGUUGCAAUUACAAUUGUGAGUUUACUGUGCAGAAAACCAUAAAUGUAAGGUGAAGGAGGAGAAGACAUUUAAGAUUAUAAGCUUAACUCGUAGAGACAUCUGUCACACCCAUGUGCUUGAACUUUUAAUACCAGUUGGAUCAAGGAAGAUGCAGUUAUAUCCUUGUGCUCAGUGUUUGGAAAUAUUCAUUCUUAAUGGAUUUAUAAGAACAGACUUUUUAUAAUAUUUAAAAACGCCAGGAAUGAUUAUCAGUACUUAUAGGGGUUUUGUGCUAAAACCUCUUUUACAUUACAGCAAUGCAUUCUCAAGAGGAGUGUCACCAGCCCAGCCUCCGUAUCAGACUGGCUGAACUGGGAUUACACUAGCGUGGAGCUCGGUACAGAUGACACGGGGAGUGAAAGUAUGGAAGCGGAUCCGGCCAGGCAAAGGACCUGGAGCAUUCGGACCUUUAACAGUCUGCUGCCACCAAUGCCACAACUGCAGGUGAAAUGGAGCAACCGGUUAUCCAGUGGUUCCUUCACCAAGCUUGUUGACAGUGUGAGUAUAUUGGCACAGUCAGUGGUUGGCUGGUUACGGUAGUGGAGAAGGUUUUGGUGGAUAAUUUUUUUAUGUUUUUAUUGUAUAAUAUUCCAUUGGUACAUACAAUCACCAACAAGUUAGAACCAGGUUGGUUAGAAAGCAAUUGGUUCUGCAUCGAUUAACAGAUAUUAUAAACCAUCUGUGAACAUAUUUAUACAGUGUACAGUGUAGCAUAAGGAAAAGCUGAUCCCUAGCAACAAUUGUUAUGUUCCGGUUUAACUGUGCUCCGACUGAGAUCUAAGGUAUCUAGAUCAUAAAUGAACAUGUUGUUCCGUUAAUUCCUUAGCAUAACACCGAUUUGACCACUGGACAUUUCUCAAUCGCUGCGACUCUGAUAGGUGCAGACUACCCUUGGGAAACUGGGAUAUAUAAGAUAAAUGUAAACAUGUUAUCUCCCCCACUCCUGAAUGCCCUCCAUAGGCCAGACUGGCCCAACACCUGAUUAGAGCAAAAAAAAAAAAAGUGGGAAGAAACCACCCAGUAUACGUAAUUAAAUUAAAUACAAACUGGAAAGAUGAACCAGGAUUAAUAAAAUAAGUAUAGACCUGUAAUAAUAAUAAUAAACAUUACAUAGUGUAAUACAGUUACAAUAAAAUAAAGUGCGUGAUGUUUAGAUAUUGCACUCUCAAACAUAAGGUGAAAGCAGGCUUCUCACCCCACCAGGGGUUAUAACGAAUUGGAAAGCUGGUAGAUUUCAAUCCUCAUAAAUUCCUUAAGUGGAUGAAGGAAAGAGAGCCAUACAUGGUGAAGUACAGUAAAAUCACAGACAAAUUUAUUAAGAUUGCACGUACAAGCAGGCAGAAAAUCUGAGCAUGUAUCCACACAAUGUGGAACCAAAUACAGUGUGGUAAUCGUCAAAGAGCCAGCAGGAAGUAGUUAAAGACAAACAAAUUAAAUAAAAGUCCAUACAGAGUCCAAAUUAUGCUGUCCAACGCGUUUCGUCCAAUAGAGGAACUUCCUCAGGGAUCUGUUUUUCCAUAGAGGGACUUCUUAUACUGGUGACAAUCAUAGUCCAUUCGUUACAUGUGUUGGUGUGCGUUCCAUCCGUGGAACGCACUGAUGUAUGUGCUGUGCGACUCAGGGAAAAGAUAGAUGACAUAGUUGUGAGGAACAGAUCAAUCAGAAUAGACAUAAAAUGCAUGCGCAUGAACGAACGGGAAAAAACCCAAACGCCAUGCGCAUGUGUAAAUCAUGAUUCCAACACCUGGUCUGACAGUCCCUCGCCUUUGGUAGGGGAACGAAAGCCAGGGACGCCAAUUUAUCUGCUUAGGUGGAGCCGUAUAAUUAAGGCCUCAAGUUGCAGUGUGAACGGCGCCCGCAACGUAUAGCUGGGCCAAGGAAGGUGGUGGGGAUGUGUUCAGUGCGGCUGGGUUUCUGCCCCAAGGAAGGAUGUCCAUGUUUCCAUGAAUUUCACGUAAUAUUUUGCCCUGUUGUGUGUAAUCUCUUCCAUGUUUUGUUUUAUACUCUCUACCCUUGUGAUCCAUUUCCUCACUGUGGGUGGUUUAGGUUGUUUCCACUUUGCUGGAAUUAGUUGAUUCGCCGCUACGAGUAGGUGGGUGCAUAGUUUGUACCCUUGUAAGAAUAGCAUGUGUUCUGGAGAGAGUGGGAGCGGGUGAUGGUCUGUAUAAGUCAAUGUAUGCAUUUCCAGUACUUCUGAAUCAGAGGGCAUUCCCACAAGAUAUGUGCAGAGUUUGCGUUGGGCUGUUGGCACAUUCAGCACGUAUCCGGUGACGAGUUGUGGAUCUUAUGGAUCUUCGCCGGUGUAUAGUGCCAACGCACGAUGCAUUUAUAAUUACUCUCUUGGGACGUAAGGUUUGUGGAUACCUUGUGUGCUCGUAUAAAUAUUGCUUUCCAUUGACCUAGCGUGAUUGUCCACGCUAAUUUGUCCUGCAAUUUCUCUGUGAAGUGAGGGAACCCUAGAUUUUGGACUGUGUGCAGUAAGUUAUACAUGGAGGAUAGAAGCUUCCUUUUCAGUGAAUGGUGUAUGCAGAGUUGCUCAAGUUUAGUCAGUUCCCUAUUUCCCUCUGGUAACAGAUUGGUACAUUGUAUGAAAUGGGCUAGUUGUGGGUACCGGAGAUGUUGUAUACCGGUAGGGGGCUGUGUUGAGAUAAUGUGAGUCAGCUGUUUCAGUCCGCUGCCUUGCGCGAUCGUUUGUAGACUGAAAAAUGUUGUGUCAUGGUAUGACCUAUAUGUUGUGCCUGAUUGCCCUUGUGGAAAGAGCGAGUUGUGCGAAAGCGGUUAUAAAGGCGAGGGGUUGGUUGACAGGUGUUCGCUCUGUCUAAUCGAUUUCCAGAGUAUGAUCGUAGCUGUGAUGGUUGGGUGAGAUUUUUGUGUAAUAAACGACUGGCCCAAUUUGUGCCACGGGACAGUGUAAAUGGGUAUUGUAACGCAUCACCUGGCACCCUGACUGGGUACCUCCGUUGAAGGAUACUCCUAGCACUGCAGCAGACACCACAACCACCGAACCGGAGAAGCAUAUGAAUGCUCUCAAGCAUAUGAAUGCUGUAAGCUGCUGAACAGGAAAAGCAUACAAUCAGCUUACACUCCUGGCAAUCAGCAUACAAUCCAAUUCCCCCAAUAACGAGACGACACUUCGUUUUGAGGUCAAGCAGAACUGACUGGACUGGCACAUACAGCCUCUUUUAUUCACAAUCCACAAAUAUAGUACUGCCCACAGGGUUUUGAAACACAGCCAAUCAAUCUAUACAAUACACACAGACACUCCCACACAAAAUCAUCCCCUCUGCCUGUGAUAUGAUUACUGAACACAAUGGUUAAUCUAAUUAUCACAGGCAGAGAAAUACCAUAUUAUAAAACACAUCACAGGGACCCCAAAACAUGCAAUAACCCCAUAAAAAGUAUAUCCUUGGAACCGGGGGAUCUGGGUGAACCACAUAUCCAGAAUUCACCCAGAUCCGUUCAGUACUUUGGAAGAUACAGUUUAAUGCAGAUUCCACAGAACAUAUGCAGGCUAAAUGAAAAACAAUUACUGUAUAAUGUGUCCCCUGUUGUAUAGUCCAAAACCACUGCACGAUGUCUCUGUGCACCAAAUACCAGCGAGAUGGCACCGUGUUGAAAAGUCCAAACAGUGUCUGAGUUAAAAUGGCCGCCAUCCAUUGUUCUCACCAUGUGCUUUAUCCAUUGUUCUCACCAUGUGCCUCUGAUACAUGAAAUGGUGGCCACCCAGUAACUCCACAGUAUGUCCCCAGAUGGUUCUUAAAGGGCCAGCAGCAGCACAACACAAAUCCAUUAUGCCCAAAUCAUGUCUUUAAAGGGCAAUACAUCCCAGGGGCCAUAGUCACAUGGCAGGAGGCUGGCAAUCAGUCUUCUCCAAUGCCCAGUGGCAAGGUCGGUUUCGCCACAGGUAUCUCUAGGGAAGUUGCCUCAAUCUUGACCCAUUGUAACUUUAUAUUAGUUUUGAUCCACUUUUAUAUCCUGGCCAGGUGUGUGGCUUUGUGGUAUUGUGCUAUAUCGGGUAACCCUAGUCCCCCCGCUUCCUGGGAUUUUACCAGCAGGCUGUAAGCUAUGCGUGGGUGCUGAUGGGACCAGAGAAAGGAUGUUAAGAUUGAUCUUGAGAUUCUAAAAAAUUUCUUUGGGUGCCCUAUUGGUAUAGUCUGGAGCAAAUAAAGUCUGCGACGUAGCAUAUUCAUUUUAAGAAUGUUGAGUCUGCAAAACCAACCAAAUUGUGGUUUGUGCCAAGUUUUCAAGUAUUUGGAUAUCUCCAACAUCAAAGGAGGGAAGUGGAGUUCGUACAGUCGCACUAACCUGCGUGGUAGAUGCACUCCCAGAUAUUUUAUGGCUACGGGUGCCCACGUAAAGUGGAAGAGUUGUUUCAGUGAUGUUUCAACUUCUGAAGGCAAAGGCAUAAGUUCGCAUUUGGAAAGAUUCGCUUGAAAAUCUGAGGUUUAUUAUAUGUAUCCAUCUCUUUUUUAGGAUGUGGGGGAUUGUCUGUAUUGGGUAAAAGCGGAGACCUUCUAUUCUUCUCCUCUAAUUUGGAAGCCUCUAACAAGGCCUCUAAUGCCUUGUAAAAUUGUUUUGAGCACCAGUAUAAAUAGCAGGGGGAAAGAGAGCAGCCCUGUCUUGUUCCAUUGGAAGUUUUUACCGAAGCCAAUAACUGUCCAUUUAUCCGCAGACGCGCAAUGGGUAUCGAAUACCUGGAACUCAGCCAAUUCAACCAUCAUGGGCCAAAUCCCAUGUAACGCAAUGUUGCAAGCAUCAGGGACCAGUCCACCCUAUCGAACGCCUUUUCGAUGUCGAUUGCCAACAGGGCCAUUGGCGACCUAGACGUCCUCGCCCAGUGCAUCAAGCUGAUAAGUUUGGUGGCAUUAUGCUUAGCUUCCCUGCCUGGCAGAAAACCCGACUGGUCUGGGUUGACUAGCCCCGGAGGCAACGCCUUUAAUCUGGUGGCCAGGAUUUUUGUGAAGAUCUUGAGAUCUAUAUUAAUCAACGAUAUAGGCCUGUAGCUCCCACAGUGAAUGGGAUCUUUAUCUGGUUUAGGGAGUAAUGGUAUGGUGGCCUCUAGCGCUGACGUUGGGAGGGGAGAGGUUUCUACCAAUGAAUUGAAAGGUGUUGCUAGGACUUGUUGCAUGAUCCUAUAGUAUUUGCCUGUGAAUCUGUCCGGACCCGUGCUUUCAACUAAUGGUAGAACUUUGAUUGUUUGUCGGACCUCCUGUAGUGAGAGUGGGCUAUCUAAUGCCGUAACUGUCUCCCGUGGGAUAGUAGUUUUGAUUGGUGGAUAAAUAUUUUAUGUGUAUGCAACAAGUGACCCUGUCUCCAUGGUCAUCACUAAGAAUGAAAAUAAAUACAUGUUUUUUAAAAAAAAUGUAUUUCUUUUUUCUUGUAUUUUUGCAUACUGCCCCAUUUUUACCAGAAUUUUAAAGCGGCACUGUUCUGCCGAACUUAAAGGACCACUAUAGGCGCCCAGACCACUUCAGCUUAAUGAAGUGGUCUGGGUGCCAGGUCCACCUAGGAUUAACCCUUUCUGCUGUAAACAUAGCAGGUUCAGAGAAACUGCUAUGUUUACUUUAGGGUUAAUCCAGCCUCUAGUGGCUGUCUCAGUGACAGCCGCUAGAGGUGCUUCCACGCUUCUCACUGUGAUUUUCACAGUGAGAAGAUGCCAGCAUUCAUAGGAAAGCAUUUAGAAUGCUUUCCUAUGGACUGGCUGAAUGCGUGUGCGGCUCUUGCCGUGCAUGCAUGUUCAGCCAGGGACGUCAGAAGAGGGAGGAGUGUCCCUCUCAAAGUAACUGGCUAAUGGUAUUCCUAAAAAUAAAGUAUGAUUUAAUAUUGUGUAUUUCUGUUACAGGGUUGUGCUGUACCACCCAAGAUUCUGAGUCCUAGAAACCACAGACGAGCCUGUUCUGCUGUGCAAAUAAAGGGCAGUUCCAGUCCUUUAUAUUCAGAGUCUUCAGAUAGUAAUGCUUCUUAUCCCCUCACGCGCUCUGCGCAGCUCACUCGUAAGCUUCCACCCUGCAACCUAAAGAGGACCCGACCUUAUUUUGGCUUUCUUAAUGGCUCAUCUGAUAGUCCCCGAUCUUCUGCUCUGAGGACAAGCAGCUCUAGGGAAAACCAGAUGUGUCAAAAUUCUGGCAUGGAAUUUGCGGGCACUGCCAAAAAUGCCAAGUCCAAUAUACUUCGAGCCAAAGAGCUCUCUGUGGAUGUGGAGAAACCAAAGGCUGUUUUUGUGAUUUGUGAGGAGGCGGAUGACCAACAGCCUCUAGUAUUAGAUGACCAGCUGAGUCCCAGCAGGGAAAUGUUCUGUGUUAAUGAGAUCGGCUCCACUAGCUGUAAGGAGGAGGUCCAACCAGUUGGACUCAGAAGCAAUCAUUCUGACUUAAAGCCCUGGGUGAAGACACCAGAAGACUACCAGUAUCAGUACACAAAGAAAAUGCCUUUGUACAGCUUGGAUGAGAAUCGAAGUAAUUUAUGUGUGGCACUUAAUUCCAGACAUGAAUCUGAACUGGGUGGAAAAUCUUUAUUAGCCCAAAUUGGGUUACCUACAGACUGAGUCUGCUUGGGAAACACACUCUGUUUAAAUGCCACCCUGCAGUUUAUUCCAAGGACUUGGCUACUAUAUGGCAGCUGAUUAGUACUCUUGAGAAAAAAGACAUUGAUUUUUAGCCAGCAAGUAAUUCUGCAUUCACAUAAUCCCCCCUCUUGCUGAAAGCUUGGGGGGGGGGGGGAAGUGCCAAAUAUUUCAUAUAAAAGGUAAAUCACAGAAAAGCCUUAAUGUGCAUUGUUGCAUAUUUAGUGGAAAUCCACAAUCCUUUUCUAUGACUUGCAGGUGGCAGUUGGGUAACGUGGAACAAUGUCAUGAUAAACAGUUAUGGAAUAUUUUUUCUUCUUAAACGCUUCGAAUGAGCAACAGAAGUCUUAUCAAAGGUUGUACAUGACUGUUAUAUUUUUCUGCUCCAUGAUAAUUUUCUUGCAAUGUUUUAAGCAAACUGUGGGUUGAAGCACCAUAACAAUGAGCAGGGUGGCUUUGAAAUUAAUUUGGUCACAGCAAAACGCACAUCAGAAUGGUGUUUAGUUUUUUAUUAUUAUUAUACACACCAUUUUUCUUGGAUUGGGAUGAAGCCACUAUCCUAGAGCUUUUUUCCUACUUUUCUUUUUACACAGUACUGAGUAUGAUUAUUAGAAGAUAACUUGACACAAAUCUGAUAACUAUGUUUAAGGUAACAUCCUGAUUAAAAUUUACAUUUUGUUGUAGAAGUUAAAGUAAGAAUGUUCACACAUUUCUUUCCCUCUUGUUUUAUAAGUAUUUCUAUUAAACACACAGGUUACUAACUAUCAAGCACAAAGGAGCUAAAUAUUCUAUGACUUGGCAUGUGCUAAAGGCUUACAACGUUUAGCUGUGUACUAAGCAUUCAAAUUUGUUUGUGAAUCACUCUGUAUUUCUUCUGUUAAUUAAUAUUUUUUGUUUCACUACUUUGUAUAAGUACUCAUCACAUCCUCUAUAAAUUCACUAUUCAUUUCUUGCUAAAAAUCCAGAAAGUCCAAAGGGAUCCUGUUUGCAAUUGUUUUUGCCAAGUUCAAUAUAAAAUUUAAAUCCAAAGCCAACACUGACACUAGUCACUCUAAUAGGAAAUGCAGGCUGACCUUAAUGUAUGAGACAUUAGUUACUAAAAACUUAAAACCAAAUUUACAGAAGAGCCAAGUUAGGAUUACAGCUGUAUUGGGUACAUUUUUCCAAUUUGGGUAUCCUGGCUUUAGUUUUGCAAUUUUAAUAGAAUGAAUUUACAGUUUAGUAGUUACAGGUUACUGCCUGCGAGUAUGAAAUGGAUUGAUUUUCAAUCAGAUCUGUCACGCAGGAGUUGAAAAGACCGUACUAGACCCCUAAAGCACUUUUUUUUAACUUUCUAAAAUAUAUAUAUAUAAAGUGCAGAUUUCAAAAGAAAUUGGCACAUUUUAUAACUUAACCUUGUUACACCCCCUAGACUGUCAGAAAACCGGUUCUGUUACUUCCUGGUUUGGUUAGCUCAGUAGAGCUAAACUCAAGAGGCAGCAAUUGCUCAGAGCACCUGCCUUGCAAAGAGUUCAGACAAAAUAUGCAAAUUUUAGAAGCUGUUUUUAGAUACACCCAAUUGAAAAAUGCAUAAUUACACACAUGCAUAUUUUUAUUGGAGGUAUUUCUACUAAAGUAACUUUUUGGCAGUGGAGAGUCCCUUUUAAUUUCAUCAUCACAGCUGAAAUGGACCUUUCUUCUAACAUUAACAUAAUUGGAAACAUUUUCCAGGUGCAUGACAUGCAAGCUUGGCUCUUUCAGUCUAUUUUGAGAUUGUUUAAUGUAACCCACCAAGUACCAUAACUACUACAGCGUGCUGUAAUUGUUAUGGUGCCAGGAGCGCUCAACCAUGUAAAAUGUCACACUGUUUCAGAAGGAAUCAACUUCUUCCCAGGGAUCCACCGGGCAAUUAUCCUUUUAGAAAGCUGGAGGUUCAUGCUUAGGAGCGUCUGAUAACUUAAGCUGUGCAGAACAAAGAUGGCGUAUUGGCUUGGAGCAAUCAGCUAAGUCUUGCAUUGCCAGAGCUCUUCAUCUGCCUCCGGGCCAGCAAGUGGAGGACGUUGUAGGACCUGGAAGAGUUCAGCUGACAAGUGAAACAGUUUGAGUAAUUAGUGGUGGGGGAGCCAGAGCACUCCUGCCGCCAUAACUACAGUACGUUCCUUUAAAAAAAAAAUUUUUUUUUUUAUUAUUCAGUAAACAGUUUUUUUUCCCCCUACUUAAUGAGGAUUGUCAAUAAUUAAAUCAGGGGUAGGCAUUCCAGAUGUUGUGGACUAAAUCUCCUGUAAUGCUCUUAGUCAUGUUGGCAACGCAAGGGAGAUGUAGACAAUCUGCAGCAAUCCAUAUGUGGACUACUACAUGUUUUAGAGCCAGUUGUGGCCUAACAUUUGCAGUUUUCUAGUGAAUUUGACAAUUAUCGCUUAAUACAACUUUUGGCUGUGUUCUGAAAACUACAUAGAUGCUUCUUGUUUCCGAUGGCAAUGAAUAUCUAAACCUUCACUGUACCAAAAAAAUAUAAAUCAGACUGUAUAUAACAAGUCUAUUGUAAGUGCCUUGCAGGCCCCAAUGUCAGGGUUUUAAAGAAUUACAUUUUUAUGUAAAUUUCUCUUAUGUUUAGAUUACUGGCCUAAAUAUAAACCUACCUUUAAUCCAACAGCAGGAGCUAUUUUUUGCUGUAGCCUGCUCUUUCUUUCUCCUAAUGACUUUUCUCCAAAGGAUGCUUUACAUUAAAGGGAUCCUAUAGUGCCAGGAAAACGAAGCAUUUUCCCUGACACUAUAGGUUUAAAAGGUGCCCCUGUCCCUCGCACCCUCCCUUAAGCCACUCACCUGAAUCCAGCGUCGGCGCUGGGUCAGGCUUUGCCCACGCUCAUCCCCUGCAGACAUCGGCCGGCGGGGAAGACCUAAUGCGCACGUGUGCCUAUUGGCCGUGCUCACAUUAGCAUUAGUCAAUACUUCCUAUGAAGAAAAUCUGAUGCUGUAGGUCCUUCAUGCAUAGGACGUCCAGCGUCUGAUAACGGACCAAAGGUCCAUUUUGAUUCCGGAAGCGCCCCUAGUGGCUGUCUGGUAGCUGCAAUGUUUUACAUUGCAGCACUAAGUGCAACAGGGACACAGCACCCAGAUCACUGCAAUGAGUGGUCUGGGUGCCUACAGUGUCCCUUUAAGAAGCUUUGAGGACAGUAAUAGCUCAAUUCUUCACAGAGACAUUGGAUGCACACAGCAUCCCACAGACUAAAAUAGACUGAAUAAUUUAAAGGGACACUAUAGUGACCAGAACAACUUCAGCUUAAUGUAGUUGUUCUGGUGAGUAUAAUAGCUCCCUUCAGGCAUUUUUAUGCAAAGAGGCAGUGUUUACAUAGCCCCUAAGGACACCUUCAGAUGGCCACUGGAGGGGCGCCCUGCCGUUCGGUGCUCCCACGCUCUGCAUCGGGUUGCUGAAUUUUCCUCAGAGAUGCAUUAAUUCAAUGCAUCUCUACGAGGAGGUGCUGAUUGGCAAAAACAGUGUUUGGCCCCUCCCCCUCGCCAAUAUGCAUUGGAUGGGCGAAAAAUCGGCAAUGUUGAGGUCACCAAGGGGGCGGCGCUGGUGCCAGCAGACCCGUUGAGAGCUGGAAAUAAGGAUUUUUAACGCGUUCUGAGAGGGCAAGCCACCGAAAUGAGGGGUUUACAUUAUAGGAUCAGGAAUACAUGUUUGUGUUCCUGACCCUAUAGUGAUCCUUUAAUCUAUUUAUAUUAGACUGUUCAACAGAAACUAGUAGGCAUAAAAACUGCAAAAUGUAAACAGUGCCUUUUCUCAGCAACAGCACUGUUGUCAUUUGCAAGGCUAUAAAAGCUGCACCUAUGCCCCAAAAUCUCUUUAUUAAGAGAAAUUGAUUUAGUGCCUUGUGCAUCCCAUUAAUAUUAACCAGUUGUCCAGGAUAAUGGACAUUUAUAUAUUAAUUUUUACUCUCUAGACUAAACUAAUUAUGAAGACCUGUGUUGUCUCUUACCUUGCCCAUAUGGAGUGUAGAAAAAGGAAGAAAGCUGCAUUAAAUGAAAUAUAUGCAUUAUAAAAAAUAAAAUAAAAAAUAGGUUUUUCUGUACAAUGCACAUCUUGUUGCUCCAAACCAGAUUUAACAGAUUCACUUCAUCAUGCACUAAUGGAGAAGUGUAAAUGAGCU